AUGCUGGUGCUUGCGCUCUGCCUGGGAAACAAGCAUCCAUGUAUCAGUAGGUACAUCAAGUAGGUAUUAGGGCUAGGUGUGUCAAAGGAGGGCUGGAGUACUGGCUGAGGGGCGAUACGUUUUGUGAAAUACUUUUUUCUGGAGCGUCGUGUGUGUGUGUGUGUGUGUGUGUGUAUGUGCAGAAGAAUGUAACAUAAUAAUUCAUAUAAACAAUAAAAAAAUCCCCCAAUCCUAACUUAAACAUAUUUAUUGAUAUAUGUGUAUAUUUAUAUUUAGAUGUCCAAAUGAAUAUCCAAACGAGACUGAUGAUCAUUUGAUAAAAAUUCAAACAUAGAAAAGGCAGUGAGAUCUUCAAACCACUGAGUAAUGGAGGUUGAGUGCUUAUCCUUCCAGUCUUGAAGCAGAAGUCUCUUUGCCACCAUAAUGUCUCAUAGGAUCCGCUUUCAUUGUGCCCACAAAAAGGGAAUGUAAUUUAGAAGUGUCUGAACACCUGAAAAUAUAAAUAAUUCCAGUUGAGUUGCCCGUUAUGGCGGACAGGAGCUCUUUCGCGGAAAGGGCGCCGGUGCUUUGAAGCCAGGGGAGAACCACUAGAGCGCCGCGGUACCCCGAAAAACCCUCAGAUCGAGCGUUCUGAGGACCUGGUGUUCCUGUGGGUGGGUGGAACAACUCCCCCGCUCCCCGAUAAGCUCCAAAAAGAGCGCCAAGUGCGAGCGGGGUUGGAGACGGAGGCACUUGGGAAUUGACGCGCUUCCUUCAUUGCACGAAGCUCUGAGUCCGGCAAUCAUGAGCAGCCAAUUCCUCCAAAGAAAAAUCGAUUGGAAAUUCGUGAGUAAAAAGAUAUAAAUUUGACUCUUUAAUUUGGAAGUUGAUGUGGAGUCCAAUACACCUGCAACGUCAUUUUGAGCCCACGGACAAAUAAUGUUAUUAGUUUUGGUGGGUGGGUGGGGAGUAGGCUGUAUACCAAGAACCCUCUAACCCCUGGAUACAGCAAGUGUUAAAAUAUAAGCCAGGCUACCUUUCAGUUGAGGUGAUAGCCUGGACAACGAGCCAUUAGCGGCAACAAAGGAAAUGAAUCUGUGUGAUGUGGCAAAUGGGUAGGCCUCCGUCCCUCAACUCAUGAGUAGUUAGAAGAAGAGUUUUGCAGUGAUGUGAGCUAGAAGCAAAUCGGCAAACUGGGGAUAGAGAGGGCAGUGUUUGAUUUCUGUUCGAAUCCAAGCCUGUGGCUAUGGGAGAAGCAAGACCCUUUUGGGGUGUUGAUGCUGUGAGCCCCUCCAUCGUAGGCUCAGGUGGUUUAUAUAUAUAAACCAUAUAUUAUAAAGACACCACAGCCUUCACUGUGCCUCCUUUAGUAGUAGUAGUAGUAAUGAUGAUGAUAAUAAUGAUAAUAAUGUAUUAUUUCUACCCCACUCAUCAGACUGGGUUCCCAGCCACUCUGGGUGGCUUCCACCGUAUAUAAAAACACUGUAAGACAUUACACCUUAAAAAGCUUCCCUAUACUAGGCUACUAUCAGAUGUCGCCUAAAAUAUAUAUAAUUACUCAUCUCCUUGACAUCUGAUGGGAGGGCAUUCCACAGGGUGGGCGCCACUACCGAGAUGACCUCUGCCUGGUUCCCUGUAGCUUUACUUCUCGCAGUGUGGGGACCACCAGAAGGCCCUUGGUGCUGGAUCUGAGUGUCUGGGCUGAAUGAUGGGGAGGUGCUCCUUUAGGUAUACAGGGCCCAGGCUGUUUAGGGCUUUUUUUUCCUUUCCUUUUUUUUAUAAUAGUUAGUUUUUAUUUCAUUUUAAUACAACACAUACAAAAAGAAAAUAUGAGGCUUUUUAGGGCUUUAAAGAUUAGCACCAACACUUUGAAUUGUGCUCAGAAAUGUACUGGGAGCCAAUGGAGGUCUUCCAGGACCAGUGUUUUAUGGUCGCAGUGGCUGCUCCCAGUCACCAGUCUAGCUGCUGCAUUCUGGAUUAGUUGUAGUUUCCGGAUCACCUUGAAAGGAAGCCCCAUGUAGAGCGCAUUGCAGUAGUCCAAGUGGGAGAGAACCAGCACAUGUACCACUCUGGCAACACAGUGCGCAGGCAGGUAGGGUCUCAGCCGGCGUACCAGAUGGAGCUGGUAGACAGACACAGAAUUAACCUGUGACUCCAUGGACAGCUGUGAGUUCAAAAUGACUCCCAGGCUGCGCUCCUGGUCCUUCAGGGGCACAGUUUCCCCAUUCAGGAAACAUGAACUUUGGAAACAUGAACUGUGUGAAUGACCAAGAGCCCUUUGAUUCAUGCACUGCUCAGAGACUGGGGAGGUGUGCAAUAAUAACAAAUCAUCUGCACAAAUAACUAUUUUAAAUUCCACUUCAUGUAAAAAACAACAACCAUGAAUUUUCCUAUUCUGCUCCAAACGCAAAUAAAAUAUCAACGGAGAAAGGACAGCUCUGCCUCAUACUUCUCCAAACCAAGCACACUUGAAAGAAUUCCAUUUGUUCACACCUGUGAUUGCUGAGAAAGCUGUAAGAUUCUAUUCCAAUUCUUAAAUUCCCAAGGAAACCUGGUGAGAGCAUGGCAAGGUUGUGGGAUUGUUAUGCAAUACAAUAAGAGCCCUCAGGUGAUACUAAGCCAGUUCAUUCAGUUUAUUUGAUCUACCUUCUUUUAGCUAUACAGCUGCAACAUUACUCAUGAUAUCACCAGCCACAAUCAAAGCACCAGAACACAUUCCACUUUCAUUGUCAGCAUUAGCUAAAGGAGAAUGAAGUUCUAAGCUGCCUAGCACAGGCUCUCAUGGUCCUCUCCUUUCAAAGUAAACAUUGACAGGUAUAUCUUUGCUUGAUUAAAAAAAAAGACCUAUUGCCAGCUCUAUGUUGUUGGCAUCCAUCUGUCUCGAGAGACAAUGGAGUGCGUCUCUGGGGGUAAAAUCAAACUGCUGCAUUAGCCUGGCGGUCCUAAGCUGCCCAGAUGACAAGGUCCCCUCUUGACCACAUUGAUAUGGUUUCAAAGGACAACAGAGCAAUACAUUAGGCACCAGCUUAGGAGCAGGGAUUGCUGGAAAGAGGAGUACAAGGUGCCAUCCAACCGUCUCAGGGACUCCAGAUUUGUAUAUGGUUUACUCCUUAGUCUUUUCUUCUCCUGAAGUUAUCCCACAAGGUAGCAGAGGUGUAGGAUCAGAGCUUUCCUUCUCCUAGAUGGGCUACCUUCCCAGGUUGAAGAGCCCCAUCUGCCCCCUCUACAGCCCAUGCAGAAACUGCUUUCUUGACCAUUGGAUCCACUGUUGGUCUCAUCCACUCAAUCCGCCGGAGCCUGUCUUCACAUGCAAGGGAAGUCUCUAACUCACUGAGGGUUUGAGACCCAUCGGCUAUCUCACCUGGUUUAGUUGGCCCGUUGAAGCUGUUUCCUGGGGUGUGGCCUCUGUCACAUACUGACAGCUUCUAGGAGCCACAGGUAAGAGCUGAGUGCAGGGUGGGGACCAAAGGUGGACAAACUACCCCAGGAGGAGCACAACAAAUCCCCCACCAGAGGCACUACCCCUUCCCUAACAUGCCGUAUACCCAUGGUAUUUUUUAAUAUAUAUAUAUAUACAGUGGUACCUCGGGUGGUGCUGUCGUCUAAACCACUGAGCCUAGGGCUUGCCGAUCAGACGGUUGGUAGUUCAAAUCCCCACAACGGGGUUCGAAAGCACGUCAAAGUGCAAGUAGAUAAAUAGGUACCGCUCCGGUGGGAAGGUAAAUGGCGUUUCCGUGUGCUGCUCUGGUUUGCCAGAAGCGGCUUAGUCAUGCUGGCCACAUAAUCCGGAAGCUGUCUGCAGACAAAUGCCGGCUGCCUCAGCCAGUAAAGCAAGAUGAGCUCUGCAACCCCAGAGUUGUCCGUGACUGGACCUAACGGUCAGGGGUACCUUUACCUUUACCUCGGAUUACGAACUGAAUCCAUUCUGGAAGUCCUUUCUUAAACCGAAACCAUUCUUAAACCGAGGCACACUUUCCCUAAUGAGGCCUCCUGCCACUGGCGCCUUUCCACCUUUCGGAUUCCGUUCUUAGACCGAGGUAAAGUUCUCAAUCUGGGACACUAUUUCCAGUUUUGUGGAGUUCAUAAACCGAAUGUUCUUAAACAGGACUGUUCUUAAACCGAGGUACCACUGUACUGGGGGUUAUCACAUAGGUGAGUUGCUAGAGAGCCAGUGUGGUGUAGUGGUUAAAAGCGGUGGACUCGUAAUCUGGUGAACCGGGUUCGCAUCCUCGCUCCUCCACAUGCAGCUGCUGGGUGACCUUGGGCUAGUCACACUUCCCUGAAGUCUCUAAGCCUCACUCACCUCACAGAGUCUUUGUUGUGGGGGAGGAAGGGAAAGGAGAUUGUUAGCCGCUUUGAGAUUCCUUAGGGUAGUGAUAAAGCGGAAUAUCAAAUCCAAACUCUUCUUCUUCUUGCAACUUCUGGUUGCCCAAGUCAUCUGGACUGCAGGAUAAGUAUUACUCCAGAAACUUAGGACUAACAUCACACCUGUUCAUUUAGUGAGCCUCAAUAAGCAAGAGCUAGAACUGGCACAUGGCUCCAUCUCUUCUCCAGAGAGAUGCAGGAAGGACACAGCUUAAUCCUCCUGCUCUGUAGUAUUGAGACAACUUGUUUGCCAAACAAGUGUUCUUUCACUGCUGCUGUCCCCAUCCGCUAUCCUUUAGCAAGGGCGUUUGGAUGGGGCUUUGCCAAUUCAAGUGUUCUCAGGAUUGCAUUCCUCCCUUACAGAUUGGUCCAUUAAAUAUAGCACAUGCUCUUGGCAUCAAAUGUGGGGCAAGGGGAACAACCUGUAAACACUCCUUGCACAUGUUUCUUUAGCAAGUUAUUAAGUUAUGAGGGGGGACUGGGCCAAAUGGACAGAGCAGAGCUUGAUGAAGAGAAAACAGGAGAACCAUAUUUGCAAAGUGCCUCAUUUUAUUUCCUGUAUUUUCCCUGAUCUUCAAUACCCAGUGAUUUUUGCCUGCCAUAGAAGUGAUCCCAAAUCCACCUAAUCAGAACAGAACAGAAGCUGGUACAACUUGAAAAUGCAAGGAAGGAAGAUGGCUUGUCUUGUUGAUUUUGCUAAUUUGCUCUGUGGCUUUGAAUUGUUUUACGCACUGUUUAAUGUUUGCCUGUUUUCAGCUUGCGGAACUUUUAUUGUAUUUGCAUUGGGGGUUUUUUGUAUGCCACCUUAAGAGCCCUCUGGGAAAGUGGCUCAUACAUUUCAAGCCAGACAGGUCAAUCUUGGGCAUAUAUGACUGAAACUGCUUUUAUUUAUUCAAGAGUAAAGCAAACCACCUGAUCAUUUUGUUGAUCAUGCAAUAUAUCUGCUGAUUUUACAUGUCAUGCAGUGCAACCCUGUCUAUGUUUACUCAGAAGUAUGACUUGCUGUUUUAGUGGUUCUUACUCCCUAGAAAAUGUACUCAGGAUUGCAGCCAUUGAAACUGUGUAUACAUCAUACAUUAAAAGCACAUAACUUCCCCCUCCCCCCCAAAAAGCAUCAUAGGAACUGUGCUUUACCCUUCAUAGAGUUACAUUUCCCUUUUUUAAAAAAACUACAAUUCCCAGGAUUAUUCCCCCCCCCCCCACCCGGAAGUCAUGAACUUUAAAUGUGUAGUGUGUAUGCUGGGUAGCCAAUGCAGUGCUGUAUAGAUCUUUUGUAGGGUUGCCAUACAUCUGGAUUUUCCCAGACAUUACUGGAAUUUCAAAGGCACAAUUGACAUCCGGGGGGGAUUUUCGAAAGUCAGCACUUUGUCCUGGAUCUUAGGCAAGUCAAUCGAAAAAUCAUGUUUAUUUGGCAAUUUUGUAAAAAAAAAUCUCAGCAACUUAGGGGUUUUCCUUAAAAAAGCUCCACAACUCUUUCGGGGUGUCCUGGUUUUUUACUUUUUGAAAUAUGGCAACCCUAUCUUUUGGACUACAAUUUCCAUCAUCCUGACCACUGACCAUGUUUGCUAGGGCUGAUAGGAGUUGUAGUUCAGAAUAUAUGGAGAGCACCACUUUGGCUUGCCUUGCAUGUGCUACAUCUGCACAUUCUCAUGUAGGAAAAAGCAUAUAAACAAUCAGCUAUGAUGACUGCACUUGCAUCUGUUUUGCUGCAGCUCUCUAGCAGAAAGGGCUUUACCCAGGUUUUGCACAACUGAAUUCGAAGGAAGGGCUGAGAACUGGAAUGUGUGCAAGCCUAUGCUGGAGCGGCCCCAGCACACAGAAGUCAGUAGUACUUUACCUUGCCUAACCCUGGGAAGGAUUAGAAGGCAAACCUGCUAGACUCCAACAAAUUGGCAAUCCAUGUAGCAGCCCCAGAUUUAGGGCUGUCUGGGCAGCUCCACCACACAGGGCACUGAGCCAAGGGGGCACAUAAUAAUAAUAAUAAUAAUAAUAAUAAUAAUAAUAAUAAUAAUAAAAGAAGAAGAAGAAGAAGAUUUUUACAGCUAUCUGCUGAGAAGAUCCAUAAAAAGCAACUGUACCAACAUGAAUUAUUGUGAAAAAAAGAAAUAUUUAAGGCGGAAGCACCCAAUUUUGUCCUCGCUCAGGGUGCCAUCUUACCAAAGUCUGCCCCUGAAUGUUGCUAAUCAAAUGUGAGUAAAGAAGAGUUCAACAACAGUGUCAGGGUGUUGUGACAUCAUCAGAGCCUGAAGCUGUAAAAGCCUGUUGAGUAGCUAAACAUCCUGUUUAUGCUUCUUAUUUCUUGUACUUCUAGUAUUGUAUGGCAAGCUGCCAUUCUGGCAAAUGGGGCAAUUACGGAGAAAAGAGCCAGCAUUGAGAUGGAGAGAGGAAAUACAUAUACCUCCUAAAGGCAUCUUUUGCCUCCUAUUAGGGUGCCCUCUAAAUAACCAGUCUAUGGCCUUCUUAAAAUGUGUGCCUAUCCAAAUAACGAGUGUUUAACAUAGUAGAAAAAGGAAGUGACAAAUGAUGAACAGCUGGUGCAGUUAGUUCAUUAACAAUACAAUCCUAUGCAUCUCUACUCAGAAGUAAAUCCGAUUGAGAGUGCAGCUCCAUUAAGGGUAUGCAAACUCCCAUCCAUUCAGUUCAUGGAAUGCCGUGAGGCUGGGUCUUCAUCCCCUCAAUUGCCAGAGCCAAUAGGAUAACCCUUUUCUGAAACAUACAGGUGACUCCCCACUUACCGGGCUAUGUUCCAGUGCCCUGCAUGCAUAAAUGAAAAUUGCGUAAGUGAGGAGCACCCUCUAAAAACAACCUUUAAAUGCCCUCUCUACCACUCCCUCUCCAACCCAGAUCAAAACUACUGUACAAAGAAUAUCCACAACUGAAAUUGAAGCAAUGGGGCGAGCUGGAGGACACGUGGAAAAGCAGCUGCUUCUGCUACGCUACUACGCACAGUAGCUGUUAGGUGGGGAGGCUGAGCAGCCUAAACAAAGCCCCUGUGCCUUCAGUCUCUUCUCUGCCCUCACUGAAGUCCUUGUCAGGCUCUGGGGAGGGUCUCCAGCUCUCUCCCUUCAUUUCCUGAUAUGAAACAAAUUAUUUAAUUAUUUUCCAGUGCCGCACAUAUACAAGUUGAUUGUGCACAAGUAGAGUGUCAUGGGCUUUGAAUGCACUCGAACACAGGACAAAAGGGAGAAACAAGCUAAGAGGAAGGCACACUUGGCAAACCAUCAUUGUGAUCAACUCCUGCCCAGAAACCUAUGUCCUCACUGUGGAAGGAUGUGUGGAUCCAGAAUUGGCCUCCACAGUCACUUACGGACUCACUGUUAAGACCAUGGAAGACAGUCCACGAGUGAUUGCCAAAGAAGAAGAGAAACCUGUACUCAAAACACUUUUCAGUGAUUAAAGUCAUCGUACAAUCAGAUUCUUACAAAAUAGAUGAUGGCACCUUUAAAUCAGGAAGAGAUAGUAAGCUGUCAUCCUUAUUUAUAUUCAUGUAUGUAUUAACAGUGCUUCUGUUGAGUAUCUAUUGUACAGUGGUACCUCGGGUUACAGACGCUUCAGGUUACAGACUCCACUAACCCAGAAAUAGUACCUCGGGUUAAGAACUUUGCUUCAGGAUGAGAACAGAAAUUCGCGCGGCGGCAGCGGGAGAACCCCAUUAGCUAAAGUGGUACCUCAGGUUAAGAACAGUUUCAGGUUAAGAACAGACCUCCAGAAUGAAUUAAGUUCUUAACCUGAGGUACCACUGUAGUAUUAAUUGCCAGUGUGAUGUAGUUGCCACAGUAGGACAAGGGAGACCAAAUAUGAAAUGACCACACAGCCAUGAAGCUUUCAUUGGGUAACCAGAUGGGUCAGAGUUACUCUGACCCAGAGUCAGUGACCGAGAGUCAGUGUGGUGUAGUGGUUAAGAGCGGUAGUCUCGUAAUCUGGGGAACCAGGUUCGCGUCUCCGCUCCUCCACAUGCAGCUGCUGAGUGACUUUGGGCUAGUCACGCUUCUUUGAAGUCUCUCAGCCCCACUCACCUCACAGAGUGUUUGUUGUGGGGGAGGAAGGGAAAGGAGAAUGUUAGCCGCUUUGAGACUCCUUAAAGGGAGUGAAAGGCGGGAUAUCAAAUCCAAACUCCUCUUCUUCUUCUUCUCAGCCUAACCUACCUCACAGAGUUGCUAUGAGGGCAAGACAGGAAAGGGAACCACUUAUAUCCCCUUGGUUUGUGCAGACUUAGGAGGAAGUCCCAUUGAAUAUAGUAGUUGUGAUACAGCCCAACUGAUUACUGUGCUCAAACACCAUUAACUGAGCUUUUGAAAAAGGGAACCUUUUGAGAGCUAAUGAGCAUCAACAAACAUCCAUUCUUUCUCUUUAGAAAUAGCAUUUACAAACAUUAGGUUGUGCCCAGAAUGUUUGCUUUCUUUCUGGUAUGUGACUCCUUUUUUCUGAACUCUUUGUGAUCAGUAUUUCAGAAACUACUUUCCUGUUUGGUUUGGCAAGGAUAUGUAGGCUUUGAAAAGGUAUGUUGUAACUAUUCAGGUGAAGGGAGGCCCUAAUGUCACCCUGAGGUUAGGAAAAGGGACUCUCUUUGCAGGGAUGGACUUUGGUAAUAUGGCGUCCUGAGCAAGCAGAAAAUUUGGUGGCCUCCCCUUCAAUAUUUCUUAUUUUCACAAUAAUUCCUUUAUUAUUUAUUGUUAUUUGUGGGCCCCCCCCCUCAGCUCAGCACCCUGUGCGGAUGAACUGCCUGCACCACCCUAAAUACGGUGCUGCUCUUUGUUAGAUAUUGAGAUAGAAAGCAUGCUUUUUGGUAAUUCUAUAAGGGAAAUGGCAAAAGGGAGAGAAAAAUACAAUCACUUGUGUGGGGCUGAACUACAUGUGAUGCAUGCACCUGCAAGCGACCCAAGUCAGCACGCAUAAAUAAUAAAAUUCACAUUGCAACUGAAAAGGAUAGCCCCACCCAGUGCUUUUUGUCCAGGGGUAUGCAUAUCCAUGAACAUUUUGUGAAUCUUUGUACUUUUGUCCAUUUACUGUAUUUAUUUUUCCUGAUAUAAAAUGGUGGUUUCCUUCAGUCAAAAUGAAAGUACCCUAAACACAUUAUUUUAGGGGGGGGGGAAGCACUGACCCCACCAAUUCAAAUACGGUAGGAUAGAAGGCUAUUAAUCAGAUCAAGGAAGUAGUUAUUUACUGCGACAGCAUUAAGUGAAAUCCAAUGCCAUUCUUUUAAAAAACAAAAUCAAAACUAAAUGAUGUUUAAGUGCACACUUUAAAAUGUAAUGUAUGAAUUGAUUUUGAGAGGAACUUGAUAGCAAUCAGGUUGUUUGGCAUAGCUGGAUUGUUGCAACAGGCUGGGAAACAGGUUGACAGAUCUUCUGAAUGCAGGGAGAAGCAGCUGAGAGUAUGCAUAAUGCAGAUCAGAAGGUAUUUCUACAGAGUCAGGGGUGGGACACAAGCAGGGAGUGUUUUACGGUAACUCCUGCAAGAGCGACAAAUAGGAUGGAGUCUGCAAGUAGCCCACUGGCCUUGCGUUAUGCAGGCCUAUUUCACGUGUUGCAAAAUGAACUCUCACUCUCUCUAUCCCCACCCCCCUUUUGUGAGCGGUGUUCUCAAGCCAGGCAUUUAAAUCGGCAUUUCCCUGGUGAAGAGGCCUUUCAGCUCACAAUUCAUUCAGUUUCACUGAAUGCAAUUUCAACAGGGAACCAUGUCCUGCAACUGGCUGCACCUGUCUCAAUAGCAUUAUGUUAUAUAUAUUUGGGGUUUGUGGAUUUAGGGUUUGAAACAAGUGUAUAUUAGACAAUGAGAGCUUAAUGCAGCUUUCUCCAGCCUGCUGCCCUCCAGGUGUUGUUGGGCAAUAAUUUCCCUCAUCCAUGACCAAUGGCCAUGCUGACUACAGCUGAUGGGAGUUAUAAUCCCUGAACAUUUGGUGGGAACUAGGACGCGGGUGGCGCUGUGGGUUAAACCACAGAGCCUAGGGCUUGCUGAUCAGAAGGUCGGUGGUUCGAAUCCCCGCGAUGGGGUGAGCUCCCGUUGCUCGGUCCCAGCUCCUGCCCACCUAGCAGUUCAAAAGCACGUCAAAGUGCAAGUAGAUAAACAGGUAACGCUCCGGCGGGAAGGUAAACGGCGUUUCCGUGCACUGCUCUGGUUCGCCAGAAGCGGCUUAGCCACAUGACCUGGAAGCUGUACGCCAGCUCCCUCAGCCAAUAAAGUGAGAUGAGCGCCGCAACCCCAGAGUCGUCCGCUACUGGACCUAAUGGUCAGGGGGUCCCUUUACCUUUAGGCUUGGGAAAGGUGGCAUCAGAAAUUAUUAUGGCCAGCUUUUGAAAGCCACAGCCAUAUUAGUCAAAACUCAUAGAGAACUUCUCUUGCGCUGCACCCUUCAAGUGUGUUUAUGCCUUUCCCCAGAUAACUAUAACCUGUCUGAGGCUCCUGCUGCAGAAAACUAAGGAUCACUUAUCCCAUUUUGGUUAGAUGUAUAGCCUUCUCCUAUGCAUCCACCUCAGGAAAAACACAUUUUAUAAGUGAAGGGACUCUGCACAGUGCUUGAUUUGCCAGUCCUUGUGACAAUCAUAAGUCACUCCUGUUGCUAGAGCCAUUCUUCAAGGUUUUCUUUUUCCAAUAAUAAAAAAGGAACCUAUCCAUUUUGGUUUGGUUUCUUUUAACACCCUGAACGAAUCUCUAAUUGGAUAAACCCACAAGGUAUGCAGAAUGGAAAGUCAUAGUCUCCCUGAAGCAUUAGGGAGCACCAAAGAAGUCAGCGUUGGAUCUGCAGACAAGCACAUUUAUCACUUGUGGAAUAAAGGACAGACAAGCUAACCAGUGGCAGAAAUACACACCAACCCAGUGGAAGCUGGCCCAUAAGGGCAGGGUGGAGGCGCUGCUCUCACCAACCUCAGGCUGCCCUCAGACAGUCUCCACCUGCCUGCUUUCUUCUUACUCCCAGUCUGGAGGGUGAUGUUGAUUGUCUGCUUCCUCUGUCUAUGUUAGGGCUGCCAUAUGUCUGAGUUUUCUUGGACACGCCUGGAAUCAGACUGUCAAAAUUGCAACUAGGGCAAUUUUUUUUAAAAGAAACAUGCUUUUAAAAUGAAAAAAAAACCCUAAAAAACUUCAAACCCCCCCCCCCCAUAAAAAAGGGUCAACAACUUUCUCCAGAUUUUCACUUUGGUGAGUAUGACAUCCCUAUGUUGCCCUUGUACACUCCAGCAGGGAAGAGGAUGGGGACAAAACUAUAAACAGGUGGCCUUGCCUCUCAUUGGCCCUAACCCCACCUACUGUUGGUCUCCAUGCCUCUCCCAUUCCCAAUAUGCACCAGCCGCCACUGCACUAACCUGUUUGUAGGGAUGUUUGUAGGCCGCACCCCAAAUUUUCCUAUAACUUGAGCCGUUAUUCUCAAAUAAUUUACCUCAAAGCAACUUGAUUUCCCUCAGUAGAUUAUUUCAUGUUUGGAGGGGAGGGGCUUUGAGCAGCAAUACUUUUGAUUCCUUACUUAUUUCCAAUGUAAUAUUUAUGAUGUUCUUGUUAAUACUGCAUAAUAUUUUUAUGUAAUUGUUAAUUCAUGGUGAGAAGCACUUUAGUUUUUUGUCAGUGAGUACUGGGGAGGACUUUGCAACUUGCAGUAGGCGUCCGUGCUGUGACUGAGGGACUUAACAAGGAAGAGAGUCUGGUAAAGAUAAUGGUGUAGGAUGCACCAUUAGGCCCUGGCUGCAGAUCCACUUUUAGUGGAUCGAACAGAUGGGGAUGGAACUAGCUGGCAACAAAAAGACUGCUGCUGUUAAUGGAACACAGUGGCUAAGGGCCAAAAUAUGUUAGCUAAACAUCUGUGUUUUGAAGUGCAGCAAUUUAAAUUGUGUUACCCAAACUGUUAGCCCUGGCUGCUCAAUCUGGAUUGGGAACCUGGGGUGGGGGACUGGGGGAGCUGUAUCCCUUUAACCCCUGCUGUGGUCCUGAUCCAGAUCAGUACCUCCUCCACCAUGCCUUCAAUUUGGACUGAGGGGUAAUAGAAGUCCCAUUCAUUUCAACUGAAUCUGGGGCUAGGGGGCAGCUUUCAACAACAACAACAACAACAACAACAACAACAACAAUUUAUUAUUUAUACCCUGCCCAUCUGGCUGGGCUCUCCCAGCCACUCUGGGCGGCUUCCAAAAAAAAAAAUUAAAAUACUGUAAUACAUUCUAUCUUUGUUCUCCUGCAAUUCCCAGCCACAUUGACACACACCAGAUAGAAUAUGGUUCUAACAGAAGGGAGGCAAGAGACCUGCUCAAACGAUGCAAGGGCUACAGUCCUAAGCGCUGUUACUAAAGGCUCAUCCAUAAUGCUGUUUAAUGUGAAUUGUAAGCUUCCUGUGCCUCCAUUAAUUCUCCGUUGUCCAUAUGAUGGUCACCUCUAAAUCACUGCCUUCCCAUACUUACUUCUCCCUCAAUCCAGAUUUUCUCAUACCAGGGAUACUCCAAAAAAGGAAGAGUAUGAGAAAAUCUGGAUCGAGGGAGUGGGAAGUAUGAUUUAGAGGAUAAUGUCAAACAACGGGGGAUUAGUGGGGGAACAGGAAGCUUACUAUCCACAUUAAACAAUGGUGUGGAUGAGACCCAAGUCCCAAGGAGACUCUCUGUGAUUUACAUACAUGUUGAAGAUCGGGCUGUAGAUCUCAAAAUGUGUGCCCUCAAUAUUCAAUGGCUUCACCAUUUCAAGCCUUUCCAUGGGGGGCAAGAAGGGGGGCAGCUGCUCCCCUAAAUCAGGAAAAAUCAGUACAAAUCAAUACAAAUAUGAGGUUCUGCUUUCCCUAACAAAAGCCUGUCCCCCCAAGAAAAAAUCCUGGCUAUGCCCACACAGCCUUUCCAUUCUGUUCCUUUUUUGAAGAAGCUCAUGCAUUCAUCAGUAUAGCAUUGUACAUCUUCCUGAAUGGGAGGGGCAGGGGUGGAGAGAAACACAGCCUACUCGUUUUCACAUCUACCUUUUGAAAGACAAAUGAAAUGGAGAAGUUUGCAAAGGGAGGCAUUCCCACCAGCAGCUCUGUUUCAUUCCACAGCACCGUGACUGAGGGCUUGGUGUGGAUAUUGCAAAGGAAUGCAUGGAGUUGAGAGGAUAAGCUUUAAUCCAUUUAUGGUUUUGGUACAUUAGGAAUGGUGGGCAUUAGCACCUAGAAAGGGCAGAAUAGUUCUCUCAGAUUUCCGUGUAAAUAGGCUCUGGGGAAGGUGAAUGACAGAGUAGACUAUCCUGUUUUGGGGUUUUUUUUGUAAGGAUGAACGGAUUAGUUUUAACCCAGAGAAAGGCAAUCCUUCCUUGCAGUACUAUAAGCCUUUAAGAACAAAAUGACUAUUUGAAAAAAAUUAUCUAAGAACAAACAAGUAUUACCACACAGGUAUUUACAUGAUGUUCUGGCAUCAUUGUACAGAGCACAUGAAAUCCAGUUCUUUGAGAAUCCACCCAAUGGAGAUAUAUUACCAAGGUCAUAAAUUUCCCAUCUAGCUUUCUAUCUUCUCUUGCAUCAGAGUACCCUGAUUCAAAUAUACAAACAAAUUGGGUUAAAUAAUGCAUAUGUAUAGUAGCAAUUAUAUAUAGGCGUGCAUCUAAUACUCAAAACUAUAUAAUUAAAAAAAAAAGAAAUAGAAAUCAUAAAUGGACAGGUCUCUCAUUUUUGUUUCCUUCUCCUCCUGUUAUAUCACUCUUCAGAAAAUGCCCCAAUAUCCUUCAUUUGUUUCCCUUCCCCCUCCCUUUUUGGCAAAUAAUUUUAAUGUCUCACUCAAAAAAAAGCACCCAAAGGUAUAUGAUGAUGGGAACUGGUCCAGGAGUGAAGAUGCAGUUAAGCAACCUCAUGGGUUAUUGUGACAUACUUACCAAACAUUUCCCCAGAAAUACAGGAAUUGACUUUGAUAUGCAAAACAGGUUUUUAUUUAAUCAGAUCCACACUGCGUAACUUACCAUAACUUUAAUGUAGUCCUCUAUAAGCAACAGUGAACUCUUCUGUCAAACUGUAAUUUACAGUGCAUAAAAGGGGUAUUUAAAAGCACACACAGAACCCUAUACAGAUGGAGUACUGAAAUAUUUUGUUCAUUACCUUUUGCUCUAUCUUCUACAUCAUGGGUCAGCAACCUUUUUCAGCUGUGUCCACCAUUCCUCAGACCAUGUGGUGGGCCAGACUAUAUGGGGGGGGGAAUGAACGAAUUCCUAUGCCCCACAAAUAACCCAGAGAUGCAUUUUAAAUAAAAGGACACAUUCUACUCAUGUAAAAACACGCUGAUUCCUGGACUGUCCGUGGGCCAGUUCGAGAAGGCGAUUGGGCUGUAUCUGGCUCCCGGGCCUUAGUUUGCCUACCCCUGAUCUACAUUAAUAAGCAGAAAGGUUUUUUUCCUCUGAAAUGUUUUCCUGGUCAAUCAACAGCAACAUACUGGUAGUUCCUUUUCAAUUUAAAGAGCAAGUCAGUGAACCCCAAAAAAGAGAAAGCGUAUUGAUACCAAUUCAAAAACAUGGCUACGUGAAUACACAAAAGUGCAUAAAUUAAAUAUAUCUGUUUGGGUUAUAUAUAGGUAUAACUCUAGUAUCAGACUGCAGCAGCUUAUAGGUAAGAUAACAUAAGUUAGUGGCAUCAGUAGAUAUGACACAGCUCAUUAAAAUAUGAUGUUGUAGUAGCUGGUGUGCAAGAGCUAUGAUGACCUUAUGUGGAAUCAAUGCACUUCAGUGGUGGAGUGUUAAGAACAUAAAGUUACCUGUACAGAUCCCUGCCUUUAAAAAUACACACACACACACACACCACCCUUAAUUUUCUGGCCAAUGAAUGGGGACAGAAUAUGCUUCCCUUCAGUUUUGCAACCCCAGGACACUCUGUUGGAGCAGAGUGAUCUUUCUGGCAGGCAGAGAGGAUGGAUGCAAUGUGAACAUUUAGCAUUAAUAGUUGGAUAUUGCAACCCCUGGUGUUUGGUUAUAUUAUUGGGGGAGCAAUAAAGAAUUAUGUAAGUUGGAAAUUAUGACACUAGUCCCUGCUGAGUAUGUGUAGCAAUGAGGAAGGGGCUAUGGGCAGGGUCUCAAAGAGAGGGACUAGUACAAAGAUCUGGCUAAAGUUACACAAAAGCCUCUCUUUCACAACGGCAGACAUAGACUAGAUUUUAAAAUCUAGUUGCUAUACAUAGAUGCCACUGGAUAAAAAUGCUCUCCCGAGACACAAAAUGUGAGACAGAGGGGAGAGGUACGAAUUAUGCCACUUAAUAACAGGCUGGUUUAAUGGUUUGAAAACAGAAUAGCAAAAUGAUACUUCAAGCAUUCCCCCCCCCCCAAAUACUGUUUCAAUACUGAAAGAAUACCUUUCAGUACUGAAAGAAUACCUUUUGGGUGUCUCUCCAUCAAACUUUUGCUCAUGAUAGAGAGACUUGAGUCUGUCUCCUAGUCCUCUCCCUUCUCCAGUUCCUCUGAGAGGAACACAGGCAGCUGCAUUAGUUAAGACCAUUGGUCCAUCUAGUGGAGUAUUCAGAUGGGACAUUCUCUGCCCUACCUGGGGAUACAUCUUGGCACCUUGUGCAAGUCCCAUUCUCACAGGUAUUUACCAGAAAGAGGGGGGAGGGAUGUAAACUUUGGCAAGCUCUAUGAGUUACCUCUGUGGGCAACUAAUCAUGUUUGUUGUCGUUUAGUCGUGUCCGACUCUUUGUGGCCCCAUGGACCAGAGCACACCAGGCACUCCUGUCUUCCACUGCCUCCCGCAGUUCGGUCAAACUCAUGCUGGUAGCUUCGAGAACACUGUCCAACCAUCUCGUCCUCUGUCGUACCCUUCUCCUUGUGCCCUCCAUCUUUCCCAACAUCAGGGUCUUUUCCAGGGAGUCUUCCCUUCUCAUGAGGUGGCCAAAGUAUUGGAGCCUCAGCUUCAUGAUCUGUCCUUCCAGUGAACACUCAGGGCUGAUUUCCUUAAGAAUGGGUAGGUUUACUGAGAAGUAAUUCAGCGGCAAAUGUGCAGUCAAAGGACACUCUCCCCCCCCCCAUAUAAAAAGGGUGGUAGGUUUGUUUCAUUUAUUUGAGGGGUAAGCACUGAAGUGAUGCUGCUUCCUAGGAUUUGUUCUCCCGGGCCACAGAUCCCAUGGAACUCAUGGAGACAUGCUUCUGAGUAGACCGUGUAGAACUGCCCUGUUAAGCUGGGUGCUUGAAGGUGUAAGGGGUGUGCGCACGUUUUUGUUUUUGUUUUUGUUUUGGCUUGCUCUUGCUUCUUAAAGGGCUUAAUUUUGAUGGAUGCUUGGCUCUUCCAGAGAACCUGUUUUUUCCCCUGAGCAGGUCUCAUUCCACAGAACAUGUGAUGCAAUAAAUCAGUUUCCAGGGGGCAGUUGCGCUGAACUAAUCCCUUCCUUACAACAACAACAACAAGGGAGGUGGCGCGCAGUGGAGUCUUACGCCGCCUUUUAAUUAUUAGCCGCUUUAUGGCGGCAUCAGCUUUCGCGGACCAGACCCUCGAUCCUUAAUGCGCAUCCACAGCUAGGUGGCGCGAGCUGCGGUAGGCGGCGGACAGGCGAGCGCACGCCGCGGGUCCCUUGAGAAUGCGCAGAGCGCAGCCCUUCCGCCCGCGCGCAGUCCCUCCCUCCUCUGCAACUCCGAGUUCCCGGCCAACCCCGAAACACUGGCUCUGCCCCGUGGCGCCCUGUGACUGACUGCGCCCGGCCUUCCUCCUCGUCCUCGUCCUCCCAAAUUCCGAUUGGCUGUGGGCGCAAAGGAGAGGACGCCGUCUGGUUGGCUGGCCAGCCUCCUGAGGGUCCUAGUGCCCCAGCUCUCGUUGCGCUUGCAGGAAAGGCGGGCCCGACGCGACGUAGCCACACGCUCUGCUGCCCCAGCUCCGGCCGGGGGUGUUUCGCUUCGUUUCGUUUUUUUCUUUUUUGCGGGCCGCUUAAAUAGGACGGGCCGGGCGCUCCAGCUGCAGAGCGCCUCGUCGUUGUAGCCGUCGCCACAGCCGUCGCCGCUUGGCCAGGGGCGAGACGAAAGCAGGUGGGUGAGUCAGCCCGCCAAGACCGGCGCCUGUCAUCCCGCAAGGAGAGGGUUGAGCCCGGCGCGCGGCGGGAGAAGCUUCCGCGGCCCGCGGGGACUUUCCCGCUUCUUCCCCCGCCUAGAGCCGCUUUCCUCGAGGCGGACCUUUCCUUCCCGGCCGCCGCCGCCGCCUCUGUGGCUGCUGCCGGGAAAGGGGGCGGGGAAGAGGGGGUCGCCCUGGCUCGAGAGCCGCACGUCAGGAAGCCGAAGCUUUCCGCAAGGGGCCUCCCCGCCAUACGUAGGCCGACUGGAGAGGCGCCGCCGCCGCCGCCGCCACGGUUUGCGGGGACCAGGCGAGCCUUGCCAUCGAGCCGAGGUCGGUCGCAGCAUCUUCGGGGGGAGGGGAGGCCUUGGCGGGAGGUGGUUUGGGGGAGAUGAUGUUCCAGGUUGUCUAGGGCUCUGGAGAUGGCUGGCACUGGGCACCUCCGCAUGCCGCCCCCGGCGAGUCUGAAGGCGCAGAUGGACGCAGAUUUUCUCAUUAUGGUGACGGGGAAAGUGGUUUGUCUUUUGGACAAGCGUUUGCUGCAUUCCGAGGCACUGAAUGGCAGGGCAGGGGAAGGGGAGAGUAAUCCAUUUUUCUCCACCGCACUUGGAAUGUGUGUCAUUAUUAUUUGCCACCACCCUAAAACUAGGAGAGCUUUUGCAUAUGGGCCUGUAAAAAGGUGCAGCUAGUCAGGUCAACAGUGCUGCCCACUUUACCACUAACUUGCUCUCCCUUGGGCUGGCUUCUUAUCACAUGAUGGAACUUUCCUGGCUUGCUUAAGCACCAUCAGGGUUUGGUAGAACAGCUCAGUGUAACGAUAUUGUUAUUUGGAGGUGGGAUCUGCCUUGCAGCGGUUCUUGGACAGCUGCCCAACCAGUUGGGAUAGGCAUGAAAUGCUUUUAGGUAAAAGUGUCUAAUGGUAGCAUUGCUGCAGAAAUAGUAAUUUAUUAUGGACCAGGCCAUUCUGUUCCCAUUUAGGAUUGCCAUAUUUCAAAAAGUAAAAACCAGGACACCCUGAAAGUUGUCAAGUUUUUGUUUUUUUUUAGGAAGCCACUGAAAUGCUGUGACAAAUAGGUGCAGAAUAUUCAACAGGUUUAGCAAUAGAAGUAGGAAUCUUCUUCCUUGAGGAUAAAAAGCUGUGGCUUCAUUUCAAUAUUUGAACAAUGGUGAUCAGGCUAACCAGAGCUCAUUUGGAAGCAUAUUCAUGGUGUUUUACUGUUGGAUAUGUGUCAGCUUUGGUUGAUGGUCAGAUUAUUGCUGUGGUGGUUUAAUGUCCUCUAUUUUGGGUGCUUGGAUAGCUUCUCACAGGUAUGUAGAAAGCAGAAGAGAGGACACUUUGGCGGGUAGAAGAGGGGAAAAGGAGGGAGUAUGAUAAAGGAAUAGGCAGACGUAACCCCUGUAGUAUCACAAAUUUGCCUAAGAGUAAAAGAUGGGGUAGAUACCUUCUGAGUGGAUGUUUGCUUGAGUCAUAUUGCUUAGUGCAAAGUGGCUCCAAAAGCAGCUUAAUGAGACUCUUGCUGGGGGUUUUUUCUAGGUAGCUCUUAACUACACACUAAAAAGGUAGUGAUAAUCCAAAAUAUACUAUACUUUUAGUAAGGUAAAAUUAGUCUUUGAUCUCUUAGUUGGAAUGCUUUUCGAAUUAACAUUUACUAUCAUUACUAAGAGUCGUGUUGUGCUAGAGGGCCUUAUGCCCCUUGGGUUCCUCGCUUUUAAAUGCUCUUAUGGUGCCAGAAGUUCUGGUACUGUUUCUACUUGUUUGCUUGCCAUAGGACUAGAGUGGUGGCCAUCCAGAUGUUGUUGGGCUUCAACUCCUAUCAGCCUCAGCCAGCAAGGCAAACAGCCAGGGAUGAUGGGUGUUGUGAUACACUUUCAGUUGAAAGGAUAGCCAGCUUAGCCAUCACUUACAGCAGAAAUAAAACUUUAGAGGCUAACAAAUAUGUGGUUCCACAAAUUUUCAUCAGUCACCAAGAAUGAAGGACUGUAGUCCCAGAAAGCUCAUUCCCUAAUAAAUUGGUCUUUAACAGUGGCAGAACGUAUGCCAGUGUUGCCCGGGGUGGGCGUAUGGGACGUGCCCCUGAGGGGGGCGCGUGCCACAGUUCAGAGUUAGGAGAGGGGUGAGGAAGCUGCUGCCCACUCUCUUCUUUCUCUCCACUGUCAGGUCAGGUCAGGCCUGACCCGGGGCCGGAGUUGUGCCAGGCCCAAGCACUGCAGCCUCGGUGCAGCUCCUUCUGGCCAGGAUCCGAUGAAGGAGCCUACUCUGGGGGCGCCUGUUUGCGUUUGGGGCCACAGCACACACACACCCUCCCACGCUUCACCUCUGAUCCUUAAUGUUUGUUUUUGGUUGUUCUGAUAAAAUCAUACUGUGGUCUACUUUACAGGAUUGCUGUGAGGAUAAAGCAACUAUCAAACACUUUGCCAAACUUAAAAUGCUAUUAAAACAAGUAGAAUGGUGCAGAGAAUGGUCCAGAUGAGAACUCAGUGUGCAGAGCCUAUAUGUAGUAUACUUAGGGUCAUGGAUAGCACCCUGCCUGUACCCUCCACCCAGGCAAACCUGUCCUAGCAGAUAGCCACAUACUGCAUUUGCUGAGGACCCACAUGUAAAGUCUGGUUUUUGUAGGUCUGAAUAUCCUGAUUGUGUUCCCAAUGCUUUUCUCUUUGAUUUUCAGAUAGACUUUUUCCAAGAUUCCAAACUUGGUCACCCCUUUCUCAAUUCAAAAAUUGGGAGUAAGCAGGUGGGAGACACAUUUUAUUUUGCUUGUUCUUUAUUUAUCAGUUUUACAUUUAUAUCCAUUCCACCUUUCAUCCAAGGAACUCAAGGUGGCACUCACGCACCCACUUUCCCCCAUGUUAUUCUUGCAACCACCCUGUGAGGUAUGUUAGAUUGAGAGACUGUGAAUGACCCAAGGUCACACAGGAACCUUUGUGCCUGAGUAGGUGACUUUUACCCUGAUCUCCCAGGUCUUAGUCCAUUUAAUAUCCUUCUACUUUAUUCCACAUUCUGGAAAGAAUGUGGAACAUAUAAAUGAAUAAGCUGGGAAAGGAGAAUAAUAUAUUUCCAUAGGUUUGGAAACUUAUGGGGUCCCUUUUUUAGCAGUCCUGUGUGGAUCACCAAUUCCAGCCUUCAUUUCUAACCAAUUCAGACUGCAAUCCUGCAAACACCUAUCAGGAAGCAAACCCUAUGGGAUUCUGAGUAACAUACAGUUACUGUGGCAUGAAUCUGCACAAACAAUUCUGAACCAAGUUAAGCUGCUUGGUUAGGUGCUCAGUAUUUAUAUAACUGUGGUGUUUGAGCGUCUAGUGUUUCCUUGAAAAGGAGGAUAAAAGAGAGGGCCAGAACAGUUAAUGGACACGCGGCUUUUUUCUCCCAUUAGAGAAGCAACUGCGACAGAAAGGACCUCCUCUGAACCAAAGAAAGACAUUUUUCAGUUUAGUUACCCUAGGUGUUUGUAAAACUUCAAUGAUUUGCAAGGGAGGAGGAUGGGGAGAAAUCAGUGACCUCCUAGAUGCUCUGCCAGGUCCAGUGACCACCAAAAUUUUGGUGAAAACCAAAAUUAUACUAGCUGUUAAAUUGUUGUGCUAUAUAAAUGUGCCUGAGGAGACCAAGAUUUGCCCAUCAAGUACUGUAUACUUGUAGCCUUUUUGUAGCAAUAUAAGUGCUCAAAUUUAUCCACAGCUAAGUUACAAAUAGAUUACUUGAGAAAAAACAUUUAAAAGUAGGAAUACACUAAAACAAAAUGUAUCAUGAAAAUAACAGUGCAAUCCCACCCUAUUGAAUUCCCUAUUUAAGACCUGUUGAAUUCAAUGGAGUUUCUCCCAGGUAAGAGGGUUAGGACUUGUGGCCUUAACUAUGUGUUUGUUGCAUAACUAUACUGCUUAAGACUGCAGGUAGGGUAUAAACCUUCUACAUUUAGCAAGCUAACAUGCAGAGCAAAAGAUCCUAGCUGUGUAACUGGGCACCAGUUGAUCUCUUUGUAGAAAAUGUGCAGAAUGUUAAGAUGAGUGGAGUAGCAUUUGGGCAGGUAGUUCAUUCACAAGUAAUGCCUUUUUUGUUACGAUGAUGUUGACUCUGAAGUACCUAUUUCUCAAGGUUAUGACACUAAUUCUCUAGAAGUCAUGUUUGCUUCUGUCUAAUGAGGUGUUGUCCAGAUGCUGUCUUGAGAGAACAUAAUUUGCAGCUCAGUAACCUGGGAUUCUGAAGCAAUGCACAGCCAGGGUCUGAUUGUGCUGUUUGCUGAAACACUUGUAGUCACUGUAAAGAUACACAAGACUUACUGCCAUUUUAAAUUGUUGGGAACUAUGAAGAAAUGAGUUAGGUUGUAUCUAGGUUAUGAAUCUUUAAGAAACUAUAACAAGUUAACUUCUGUAUUCAUCCUCAAACUAGGGUUUAAAGUGCUCUCCAAACCUUGUUUCAGCAGCAAUGGAGAUUAUACUUGCUUUCAGGCAAGAAAAAAGAAACCUUGUGACUAAGAUCUCUGCUUGGUUAUAGAUGUUUCUAUAGAUGUUGCACUUGGUAACAAAACUAGAAAGAAAGAAAUCACACAGGGACAACCAGGAGCUCUUCUGAGAACAAGUAUAUCAAUGUUGAACAGCAGACUUUUUGAAGCUCAAUGAGGGUUGGGGCAUUUGUAGCUUAUUAAUACAAACCCUCUGCGUAGCGCAAGGGUGUGCUUGCCACACUUUUCUCCUGGCAAAGAAAGAAAAGUGUCGGGAAAGUUACAUGGAAUACAGAAAUCUUCGUUGUUGUUUUUUUGAGAAUGAUCUCUGCUUCAGAAAGCUAGACUUUGUUUCUUGAAAUUGCUUGGGUAGAUUAUUGAAUUCCAGUGAUACUAUUUUAAGACUAUCUGCAUGGGUAGCUAGGAUGAUGCUCAGUGUUUAGCAAUGCAUUGUCUCAUAAGCUCCAUUGCUAAGCCUUCAUUGAAUUUUAGGGCAGUGGAUUUUUUUCCUGCUCAAGGCAGAACUUGACCACAGUCAAUCCUAACUUUCUUGCUCCAUCUUGUGAAUGCUGAAACAUCUAUAUAUGUUAUUUAAAUAUCACUUAAAUUUCCACACAUAUGAGCUCCACUGUUGCUACCCAAAGGCCUUGGUACCAACUGAAAAAAUGCCUGUGUAGACCAAACCAUAAAUAGCUACUUGAAACUGCUGUUUUACCAGCCUUCCAGACCAUGGACCUGAAUGCUUGGCUGCUGCUCUUUGUUGAGUGUUAACUUAAAUUGAGUACCACUGGCUGAUUCAUUAAUCACUGUCAAAAUAAUGUUUCUGAUCUGUUUCAUUUUCUGUUUCCCUAUUGUGCUAUUAAGCAAUAAAUGGAUUAUUGGGAUUUUUUUUUCUGACUUACAUUCUGCAGAAGUAAUAGAAAAACUAUUUCAUUUGCACCGAGAAUUGUUUUAGCUAGCUUGAUGCCUGUCUUAAGACACACCAAUGUCUUAAUGUGGCUUAGAACAGAUUUCUCAAAUAUGACCACCUGCAUUUGUUUUUAAAAAAGAUUAGGAGUUCCAAAGGGAACCAAAACAUGAGUAAAAGUUUCCAUUUCAAUCAGUAGAUUCAUGUUGAUUAAGCAUUUCUUAACCCCAAAGAUAAGAUGGGCUAAACUGGAACUUUAAAUGGGGGACUUGCGCAGCUUCUAGUAGCCCCAUGUAGGUAGAACUGACUCCAGUAACAGAGCAAUGCCUCUGAUUAAGCAACUCAUGCGAUUAUUUUUCCCCUCAAUCAAACAGCAGAGUGGGAGGGAGAGAGGCUAUUGGCUCCUGGGUUCUAACGCUAUAAUGAAGAAGUUGACAGUUGCCCUCGAACGAUGUCUGCCUAUUGGCAGACAAAAGGAGAACAUUCUGCCUUCUGUAAAUAGAUUAUUGUACUUGCUGGUAGAGGAGGAGGAGCUAGGAAUGGCUGCAUUCAGCCAACUUGGCUGACUUCCACAAAGCUGAGUUCAGCUGGAAAGACCACAUCUUGGCUGAUUCAGUAUUUUCCUUAUUCAUGUGUCAAGGAGCUUUUGGCUGGCUUGAAGCUUAGCAUUUAUUAACUGAGCGUGUUAUAAGACAAGGACAGAAACCUGCAUGCACAGCUCCCUCACUGAGCACUCUCUUCUAAAGCUAAACAUUUUGGGUGGCAUUUGACUAAUUUGUACUCGGAGGAGACCUAUUGAGAUCAGUGAACUUAAGUUAGUCAUAACUGACUAGGACAGAUAGCACCCUUUACUCUCUAAGUAAUGACCAUAUUAUAUUUAAAGGGAGAGUUGAAUUCUACCAUAUACACAAGAUGCUAGUCCUGUCCCACAUAUAAAGUGUGUGUUACCUGGAUGCAAUAUCUAGGAUAUUGUCCUUAUCCUCAAUGGACUUCAAUAUUACAUAUGCCUGCAAAAAUGUUUUACUUCCUUAGCUCUUGGGUGUAGAACUGAAGUAUAAUCCCGUUUGCUAUAUAUCAAGUACUGUAUAUUAAAAUGUUAAUACAACAUACUAAACUAUGUACCCUUGACUGGUUAAUUCUACAACAUGAGGCCACUGAAGAUCAUCCCCAAGUAGAAACUAUAAACCUGGGAGUGCAAUUCAGCAUGGACUCACGCUGCUUCAGUCUAAUCUAGAGUUCACUGUUAAUACAGAUAUCACGGAAGCUCUUUGGAUACUGGCUUAUCCAUGGCAAGUUGGACUUUGUGUUUUCUGACUGAAGUGCUAUUAAAUCUUAUUGGCUCCUAAACUUGACACAACAGGAGCUAAAUUUAGAUGUAAAAAGGUUUCCCAAUAAUUUCAUAAUACGCUUAACCUUAAGUCUGAAAUAGGAAUUGCUAAUUUCAGUGAGCUGUACUUCCAAAUGGAGUGUAGGCUAAGGAGAAUAUUUCUCAAAAUAUAGGAAGUAUAUAACACCUCAUUCCUUAUCUUAAUUUUCUCUUGCCAUGUCUAGUAUCCUUAGAUGACCUACCUCUGCAUAAGGUACAUCUAGCUUUUUGGCAUGGCUUUUACAGGCACUAAAUAAGUUGACUGUAUUUAAUCUCUUUUUAAAAAGUCACAUUGCUCUUUAUCAUAUGGUCUUAAGUGUUAUUUUCAUGGCAAAUUGGCAAGCGUGUUCUGUUGCACACCAACUCCCACAUACAAAAAGGUGGGGCGAAAACAAAAUCAGCAGCAGUACCAGUUGAACUAGGGCUUACUUUUAAUGAGGAAUGUAGACACAGUUCAGGAAACAAGUUGGUGUAGAUUUUUGGCAUGUUGCAUGUACAAAAGGGUGCAAGUCGAAGGAUAUGAUGGCUUUGGCUUGAUUUGAAGGCUUUGAAAAAAGACCUUGCACCCAAAAUAUCAAAGAGCUUGGUGAAUUUGGGGGGGGGGGUAAAUUGACUGUGGUAAGUCUUUAUAGCAUGUAUAAGAAUAACUUGACAUUCAUGUAGUGAUCAAAGCAUAUUUUGUUUCUGUAAACCUUCCCAACUAUGAUGCAAGCUAGACUGGUUUUCUUGCCAUAUUGCAGAGGGCAGCGAUGAGACUUCGAGUAUACUGGCUUGAUAUUUAUUUAUUUAUUAGAGAAGAGAAGAGCCUGGGAGGCUUCAGCUGGUAGCAUCCUGCCUUACAGCUUGUGCUUCUUAACUCCUGCACUAUGCAAACCGUCUUGGCCUUCUGAGGCUUUCAAAUUAAUCUGCUCAUUUUGCUGACACUAUUAUUGCUAGGCCAGCCUUUGAACUAAGGGGAAAAGGCAUUAUAGACUGGAGAGGUAGGUGGAGGCAGAGUCUGAAAGGCACAGCAAGCAGAUGACCUUAAGUCGUACACAUCACUUUGGACCCUGCUCCCAUCAGAUCAAUAAAUUGUUCCAGAGAAGCUCAGGUUAAUCAGAAGUUUCCCAGCACCUUCUUAUGGAGAACAUUGGUGGCAAAUGAGCUUUUCUGAAAGACUGUGCACCACUAUUGAUCUUCUGAUCUACAGUCAUACCUCAUGUUACGUUUGCUUCAGGUUGUGCGUUUUCAGGUUGCGUCCCGCGGUGACACGGAAGUACCGGAAAGGGUUACUUCCGGGUUUCGCCGCUCACACAGAUGUGCAAAAUGACAUCACGCGCAUGCGCAGAAGUGGUGAAUCACGACCUGCGCGCGCAGGUGCGGGUUGCGUUCUUUUCAGGUUGCGAACGGGGCUCCAGAACAGAUCCCGUUCGCAACCAGAGGUACCACUUUACUGAACAGCUGCAGAAGAGUGUGAGGUGUGUUCUAGGCUGUGCUAGGCUGAGUAGGUCUAGUCAGCCACUGCUUGAACACUUGGAAUACGCAGCCUAGAACAGUCAGCAGAAUCCUCUGCAAUUUGCAUGCGGUCUGGCAGCAGACAAACCGAUGUGGAAAGUGUUCACUGAAGGCAGUCUGAAAACCACUGCCCUAGUGAAAGAUUAGAUGCCUGCAUCAAAUGCCCACAGUACAAUUUAUCACACUCUCAGCUGAAAGACUGUCAGUAGCAUAUUUUUGUCUACUGCAUACAAAUAGCUGUCAAGGUGUGCAAAGUGAUGUGCCAAAUAAGCUUUGUUGGACUACAUAACUGCUGAGGUAUCCAUGCCUUGUAAGUUAGAUACAUGCUUAAAUUUGAGAUAGGAAACUCAGCAACUAUUUAAAGAUGAAUCAAGAGGAAAAGUGAAUGUCUCCUGUUAAUCAAAUCAACACUUACUUCACCACCAAUGUAUGCUGAUAAAACAUAUCUAUGGUAUUUUUAUGUGCAAAAGCUUGGGCUGCUCAAAUGCACAGGAAAAUAGCUUUCUGCAUGCUUAAGAACAGGGGUCGGCAAAGUUUUUGUGGCUUGGGCCGGUUCAUGGUUCCGCAGACGCUGCAGUGAGCCGGAGUGCGCUCGCACACACAAAUGUGCAAACGCUAUUUCUGGCGCUUCUUCCAGCGCGGAGGAGGCGUGCGCAGCUUCCCAUUGGCUGCAGGAGCUUCCUGCUCCUCUCUGCUCUGCGCUGGUUUAGUGCGGCACACGGGAGCCGACCAAGCGGGCAGGGGGGCCAUGGGCCGGUUAAAUGACCCCCCAUGGGCCACUUGUGGCCAAUGGGCCUUAGGUUGCCGACCCCAGCUUAAGAAUAACAAAGCGGCAAAAUAGUGAUAAAAAGAACAGCAUUGUUUUGCAUAUUUUAUUUAGACUCUGCUUUACUUACCAAAACACCCCAGUGUGGCUGGCUUAGUGCUAACACACACAAACAAAUGACCCCCAAAUAUUUAAAACAUGUGCAGUAGUACCUUGGGUUAAGAAUUCGUUCUGGAGGUCCGUUCUUAACCUGAAACUGUUCUUAACUUGAGGACUACUUUAGCUAAUGGGGCCUCCUGCUGCUGCUGCGCCGCUGGAGCACAAUUUCUGUUCUCAUCCUGAAGCAAAGUUCUUAACCCGAGGUACUAUUUCUGGGUUAGCUGAGUCUGUAACCUGAAGCAUCUGUAACCCGAGGUACCACUGUACUCUAGAAGCAAACCAAAAGAGCAAUACCUCCUUGAGGCAAUUCUAUUUAGAGCAACCCUUACCUUUUGACCUUGGUUUUGAAUGUUAAGUCAGCAUGUAAACACCUGAUUGCUUCCUCCUAUCAAGUGCAGUAGAGAGAUUAGGCGGCAAGACAGGGUUAAUGUAAGCCUUUAAAAGGGGCCUCUUUGACGACCUGCGUGAAGUAGUUGUGCAACCAUGUUGGCUAUGGUCACACUGAAAUUCUUUAUUGUGUACAAAGAGCAGGCCAUUCCCGUAUCAGCCUGCCCCAUACACUGUGCCCUUUGUUGGAGGUGAAGUGGGUGGCAAACAUUUUCAGUUGCGGCACUCCAUUUUGAGAACUCUCUCUUGCAAGGCUUGCUUGGCUCUCUGCAUUGCCAUAUUUUUGACACCCAGCAAAACCCUCCCAGACCUUUUAGAAUCUUUUACAGUCUUCAGAAGACGUGGCCUAACUGAUGCUUUUACGUACUGUUUUGUUGUUUUCAGAACCAUUGUCAUUGUGCCCUAUAUUAAUUUUUAUAAACGGGGGACCAUAAAUAAAAGGCAGUACAAAAAUCCUUAAAUGAGCUGGUGGACAUGGCUCAUGAACAUUGGCACUUGCCCACUGCAUGCUUAGGGCUGCAGAGCUGAUCAGCAGGCUUUGUCCUUACACUGGAGAAACUGCCGGAUAAAAUUGUUGCAUGAAGGAAGCUUUCCACUGUCUCUCCCCACUAUUCCCCCCCCCAUAUUUUUUUUAGCUUCAAACCCAAUUGCAGCUCUGUCCUAUUUGAGUGAUAUUUUUUUUCUGGGUAUAUUAGUAGGUAAGCUGACAAUGCUACUCUACAACUGCCCUUGGUUAUCACAGCCGGAAAAGGCAUUGAUACGCAAUGACAAAUGGGUCCAGCAUUCAUGAGCUUAGUCUUAAGAGCCUGGCUCGAAACGAGCUUGCGUUGCCUUUUCCCACAACUGCAUUCAUAACACUGUAUCUCCUUCCUGGUUAUAGUAAAACUGUCUUCAUCUUGACUGCCUUGUUCCAAAAACCCCACCAGCUUCCGCAAACAAACUGUCCACGCUGACACGUUCCCCCCCUCCCUUUGAAAAGCCUUUUUGUCAGCCUUCCUCUGGUGAUAGGAAUGAGCUGAUGAUGGGCAUUAAUGAAUGUCACUGCCAGUUGUGAGUUUCUGAGGCAAACAUUGUUUGCUUCCUAGCCUGCCACCCUCUGUGUUCAGUGGGGUGACUUGGUGCUCUCUUUCCAUUGGCCCUCCUUCUCUUAGAGCUAAGUAUGGACUGUGCCUGCUAGUUACCUUUGCCCUAGUGGGCAGAAACUUAUUAAGUGUAGUCACGUGAAUCGUGUCCUGAGGGACCUUGGUGUGGAGGGAAGCGUCAGCUGAGCAGGCACAGCAGGGCUUUUGGAAGAGGAAAAGGGGAAAGAAAGGGCUGUUCCUACUCUACAGUGUUUGCUGGGGAUUUAAAGGGACCAUUAGGAUAAGAAUACAAGCUUAGUUAAGAGAAUUUUUAUACACAACUUAGGCUAGCUUGCACUCUAAAAGCACUGGAGGAAAACAGGGGGGGAAACAAUUGCACACAGCCUCUUUUUAAAAAAAUAGCUGCCAUGGAAGAGAAGGGAAAGGAACUACUGUUGCUUUUUUGUCUUACGGCCUGGCUCUUCCAGCAGAUUCUCCAUUUUCCAGAAGCACAAAAAUACAGCAAGAAUGUAUUUUGCAAACUUUGGGCACUAUGUCUAACAAAGUGUGGUGCCUGCCAACAGCUGCCUUAACAAAGAAACAGAAAUGUUAAACGUAGUGCCUUUGCCUGUUCAAAAUCUCUUGCCUUUCUGGAAGAGGGCAAGUGGCAAGAAUGCAGAUGUUUCCAGCUUUGUAUGGUGGUAGAGCAUGAGAAUAGCUGCAUCUCCCUCUCUAGGGGGGGAAGGGCGUUCUUUGAUAACACGUUGGGUUCACAACUUUUCUUUUUUGUCAACAGAUUGCUGCAUUAAAAAAAAUAGCAAGGACAAGAGAUCACAAUGCAAGCUCAUGAAUUGUUUAGGCAUCUGCGAAUGCCAGAACUUGGUGACGUAAGGCAGUACGUGCGCACUCUCCCAACAAACACGCUGAUGGGAUUCGGUGCUUUUGCAGCUCUCACAACUUACUGGUACGCCACAAGACCCAGAGCUCUGAAGCCACCAUGUGAUUUAGCAAUGCAGUCUGUGGAGGUGGAGGUAAGGAAUCGCCAUCUUUCAUCCCUUGCGUAUUUACUUGCAAGAUUAGCAUAGCAUGUUUCAUAAAAGGGUUUUUUAAGCUGUUCUGUGAUGCAAUUAUUGGAUUAAGGCAGUGCUUUGAAUCUGGUUGUAUGUGCCAACGUGCCACCCACAGUUCAUACCAGUCACAUUCCUUUUGUCCCCAGAGCAUAUAGUUCUGUUGCAGCAUUUUACAUAGCUUUCUCAUAUUGAUUGCAGCAGGCUAUUCUGGCAAGGUCUAGGAAGUGUGCAAAGGGAAUGACUGCAUCAUGUGCUCAGGAGCGAGGGCUAGGGAGCUAUGCAAGGCAGAAAAACUACGUGUUGGAGUAGGCUUGGUUCAAAGCAUCCAUUGAUUUCUGAGAUGUAAACAGCUCAGAACCUUUUCUGCAGCCAUGUAGGUUUGAAACAGAUACUUUUCUAAAGCAACGGUGAGGAACCUUUCUGGCUGGGUGUGCCAGAUUCUUAUUUCUCCCUACCCCUGCUGGCAAAGUUCGGCAGGUGGCUUAUAUUGGUACUCUGAUAUUUCACAGUGCUGCUGUAGCACUGUGUUGCCCUCCUUAGGCCAACUACAGUAACCACAGAUGGUUAGUUUCCAGUUGAUCAAGGAUAAUGUGCACUGUUUAUUUAUCUCUAAAUCUCCCUCCAUCUUCCAGGAUCCCAGGGCAAUUUACAGCAUGCACAUUAAAACAACAAUAAAACCAUUCAUAAAUCAGCAAUUCAGAUAAUGCAGCCAUACAAUUAAAACAACUAUGUCGCACCAGACAACUUCACUUUCAGCUGGUCUCACCAAAUCAGUUUCAGUAACUGAGGUUGAUGAAUUAUUCAUUUUAUUUAAGCGCAUUUGCAUAAUAACACAAUUAAUAGUAAAUUGCUAAUAAAACCACAUGCAAAACAAAGUGUGCCUCUUCUGUGUUGUUCUCUCCCUCUGGGCUAGGCGGGUGGUGAGUCUUUUUACCCUAGUACAGAGAAUGAAGAUGGAUUUGGCCUCCUCAGGUUGGCAAGAUUGUAACUGUUCUUUGGUUUUGCAGCACUGGAGAGAGUGGAACCAAGUAUGCGCAGUCGUACUUGGAUACUUUAGAGCAGGCACGUCCAACAGGUGGAUCACUAGAUGUCUGUGGUAGAUCACUUUAUACUUUGGCUCCCCUAAAAAAAGCUCAACACUUUUGCCCUGCCCCCCCCAAAACAGGGCUUUCCUUCUUUAAAAAAAAGCUCAAGAACUUUGACCUGAACCCCCCAAAAAGGGGGUAGAUCAAUGCCAGUUUUUAACUCUGUGAGUAGAUCACAGUCUUUUGGGAGUUGGCCACCCCUGCUUUAGAGGAUAGUUUCUCUUUGUGCUUUCUCCUUCCCUAGCUGUCUGGCCUGGCUCCAAUCCAGGCUCAUUCUUGCAGUCAAAAUAUCCCACACAGUCCAAUACAAGUGUGAAAUAAAGGUCAGUAGCAAUUUCCUCUACGAGCAACUUUAACAAGCAGCUUUGAGCAAGGGGCCUGGGUAGGCUUUCACUAUCCUAGUUGCCCCAGACAUGACCCUUGGCAAACUUCUUUGCAUUUUCUACAUCUUGUGCCAAGCAUAGCUAUUUGUGAAUUAGGAGGCCGUCUUUCCAUAUAGACAGAAAUUUCCCAUCUACAGGGUCCCUCUGGUAUUCCCUUUUCUGUUUAAGCACAAGUUCAGGGAUUGUGGGGAUAUCUUCCAGCCCUACAGGUUUUUGGGGUGAGGACCAGCAUUGUUACGCUGUGAUACAGGCAAUCACCACACCACAGGUACCAAAACAUUUUGAACAUAGAGAUACAAAACAUUGUGAUUAGACAAGGCACCUGAAAAUUAUACUUGAUUAGCUGUACUGAAUUUCUUUAAAUACUCUCCUGUCAUUAGUUGUACAGUAUAUGCAUCUAGUUAGAUCCAUGUGCAGUUUCAUUGUGUUGAUGACUUUGUUUUCUGCAUAUGCUAUUAAAUUUUUGGUUCACUCAUUCAUUUUCAUGUUAAUGAUAUUGGUCGUUAAUUAUUGGUCACUGUGUAGUGUGGAUCUUUAUUUUUACACUAUUCUUUUAAACACCAUACCCUGACCAGCCAAAGAGGAAUUUUGUAAUGUUUUGUAAUGUUGUAAGUAUUUUAAUAAAAUAAAUCUGAAACAGCCUAAUUGAAAUGAGCUUGAUCUCUUGCUGCAGCAAGCAAAGUAUACUGGAGCAAUACUUUUCAGGCUCAUGGCAUUAAAACUGAUUGUGUGGAUAAAUAAAAACCUUGUGCUGAACUGGCUCAUACUUCGCUUUGUCUAGCAAACUAUUAUCCUGGAUAAACUGGGGUAUUUUUGCUGAAUAGGAACUGCUAACUUAGGUCUGAUAAGGUAUUAGUAGGGUCUUUUUCAAAAAGUCAACAGAUCUUGCCCAUUAUAUUUUCCAGAGUGCUUCGGAAUAAUUCUUGCAAUUGAAAAUCCAUUAUCAUCUGUUGCUAUUUCAUUUCACUUGCUGCAAAACCAAUUUGAUGUGUAUGGAAAAGUACAUCUGGUUUAUGGAUUUUGAGUAUACUUUGUACCUUGAACUUAAACUCUGAUCGGGACUUCUGCUCAUUUUCUUUAUCAAUUGAUAGGUCUGGAAGUCACUGUGCUUGAGAAGACCACUAUUUCUGAGUGCAGGGCAAAUAAUUGAGAGUUGAGGUGUGGGAAUAUGCUUGCUUCUGAUUCUAGUCCUAUUUAUGCUGAAGCUCAUAGACUUCAACAAUAAUUCCUUCAAGUUUAGGUUAAGUAUAUCUGAAUAAGUACUCCAGUAGAUGGCAAGGAAUAAAUGAGGAUGUAGGUCUUGCACUUCGAAUAAUUAUGAAUUUUGACAGGUUCUGUUCUUUUCCUAUUAGUGUCAUUAAAAAAGAAAGGCUCAUGUCUGAUGGAAAUCCUGUAUUUAAGGCAUGCACAUUAAAGCCAUAACUAGUAGUAUCAAAUGAAAUAAUGAGCUUCUAUCAGACAAUGUUUAUGUAAAACAAAAGGAAAAACUUAGAGAAAUUUGGCUGUUCUUGGUUUCUGCAACUCUUGCUCCUACUAGGUGACACUUCCUUACAGGGCCCAGGGUGGGGAGUCAUCACAGGCCAGCAGGAUUACCUUAUAUCCCAUCAGGAUCACUCACUUGCCCAACUUGUACUGACCUUACACCGUGAUCAGAUGUUUGACUCUACUAGCCAAACAAGAAGCAUAUUUGUGUUUGCUUCCGUGGAGUAACUACCAAUUCUUUCUGGAAAAUUCUUGGAACUUAGCUGCAAAUAAAUUGAUUUUUUUUAUUUAUGCUAGGGCACACAUAUGGCCAAACAGAAAUAGCUUCACCAUUUUCUCCAGGAGCUUGUGAAUUUCGGCUUGUGCAUACCAUAACCCUGCUCCAGAGGAUCUAAUGCCACACUGAACUUCAGAGGCAGCGUCCUCUGUGGUCCAGGGUCAGAGAUAAUCCUCUGCUCCAAAGUCUGGAGAAGCGUAUGGACCUUAGGGACUGCCUCAUACUCUCCAAAGUGCAGCCAUACUCCUCAACCACCUCCUUGAGCUGCUUCUCCCCUUCUCACUGCUUACAAUUCAAGCACCAGCCAGUGCUUCCUGCAGAAGCUCCCACUUCUGCCCACCAAUUGCCCUCUCCCCAAUUGGGCUGGAAGAGACAGGGAUCUUCUUGCAGAAUCUUACUCUAUAUGAAAGACAUGUGUGCUGCAGGGUUAAAGGCUUUAGCUUAUAUCCAUAGAUAUUAUAUCCUUCCUUCCUUCCUUCCUUCCUUCCUUCCUUUCUUUAUUUCUUUAUUUCAAGGUCCUCCGAGCUGCAAACCAAUAUUUGUUAUAGCAACCAGUUGGUGUCUUUGGGGGUUUUUCUGGGAAAAUGUCUGAAAUGCAACACAGAAUUUUGUUACUUUAAACCUUGACAUAGCCUAAUGGAGGAGAGAGAACAAAGCCACAUCUUCUAAAAUUCCCCUUUUUCACAAUUGCUGCUGUUAAGACAGCCUGCCCUCCUGUGCUCUAAUGUUCCUAUAAAUCCUAGUUUGAAGUCCCUUUGGGCCUCCUUUUCUCAGCAUCCUUGUCAAGGUUUUGCAACUGGGGUGCUGAUUUUAACAGAGCCACCUCAUGGCACUCUUUCCAAAGAGCGGCUGGUAAUGAUGACACUCUUUCCAUAGCCUAAUAAACUGGUAGUUGGCAAAUAGCUGUUGCAAAAUACCAAGUUUCUGAUGGUUAGUGGGUGGCUGGCAAUCUGGGCACUGCUGGCUGGGGUUGUGUGCUCUCCUUAAAUCAACAAGAGCUUGCUCACAGCUGACAACACAAUAGCUUCCUCAGGCAUACAUCCAAGGAUCCUUUCACUCCAGAGAAGCGUGCCUGCAACAAAAGCGUCUUGAGAACUACCAGCACUUCUGCCAUUCUUCUCCCAACCUCUUUCAGUGAAGCCGCUGGCUGACAGCAGGCCAAUUGCUGUAGUUCAGGCAUAGGCAAACUUGGCCCGCCUAUGCCUGCUGUAGUUCCCCUCCCUCCUUCCACUGCCAGUAAACUAGGCACUGGAAUAUUAUGCUGUAAAGCAGCAUGCAAAAUUCCACGUGCACAAUGAGAGUUGCAGUGGUCUCUGAAGAGCCUGAGUUGGGAAUUAGUUUAGAUUUUUCCUCUUGCUAUGAAUUUUAGGGGAAGGGUAUAUAGCUCAGUGGUAGAACAUCUCCUUUGAGUGUAGAAGAUCUCAGGCUUGAUCGCCGGCAUCUCCAAAUAAGAUCCUUUGUCUGAAGUUCUAGCAAGCCGCUACCUGUCAGUGUAGACAGUACUGAACUAAUGGAACAAGGGUCUGACUUAGGUUGCGUAUGCAUUAAAACACAGCAAGGUCCACUCCCCCAACUCCCAUUGCCUUUAAAAUAAAAUCUGCACAUGAUUGCACACAUCUGUACAGUUGUAUGUGUUUCCAAGUCAAGUGCUGCCUGCCCACACCAGUGGGCAGAGAGGGGGAGUGGUUGUCCUCAUACGUUUGCAAAUUGGAUUGAAAUUGGUUUGGAGGAAACAACAUAAAAACGCAGUAUCUCUCAAGGAACUUCAAGACAGAUGUGGAUUGUGGCUAACUUGUGUAUACUGCUUCACAAACCCAGCAGUGGGAGCACACUGGAUGUAGAGUAAAUAGCCUUGUGUGCACUGUAUAAGGCGGCUUCCUAUGUUACUACGCUUGGCAGUCUUAUAAAAGCUCAUCCUUUCUGAGCUUCACCUCACCCCAAUUUCUCCUACAGGAAAUAUUACCGAUACACCUUUAAAAGGUGGCAGCGAGGAUUUCUGUAUGAAGUACUGGACUUAGGAAGUUUAAAUGCUACGUAUUCACUUGCUAGAAAGUUUUUCUUUAUCAGCACUGCUUCGUGCCAUAAACCAGAGUCUGUAGGGCAGUUAUUCUCCAGCUAGCUUGUAUGGAUGCAAGCUUCUGUCUAAAGAACAGUGGGAUGUGGUUAACUUUGAUUAUCCUGCUUAUAUUUUAAGAUAAAAAGCCAUGCAGACCUGAGGCAUUUUUUUAUGGUACUGUGUACAGUUACACCUUAAAAUUAUGGAUACAGCACAUGUGUAUGAUACAGAUAGUGCUCUUUCAAGGAACCACAACCACUUCUACCACCUUGGGACAAAUUCAGGUUUGCUAUUGCUGCUUCAUCUUCAUUGUCGUUUUAUUAUUUAUACCCCGCCCAUCUGGCUGGGUUGCCCCAGCCACUCUGGGCAGCUUCCAAUACAUAUAAAAACAAAAUAAGAUGUCAACAUUAAAAACUUCCUGAUACAGGACUGCCUUCAGAUGUCUUCUAAAAGUUGUGUAGUUAUUUAUCUCCUUGACAUCUAAUAGGAGGGCGUUACACAGGGAGGGUACCACUGCCGAGAAGGCCCCCUGCCUGGUUUCCUGUAACUUCACUUCUCACAAUAAUAAGCAGCAAGGUAAAUGAGAACAUAGGAAGAAAGCCUGUAAGCUUCUCAUUGAGUAGAGAGCACUUUGCCAUCAAUUAGUCAUAUGUGUUAGAUAGGAAUGAAGCAUGAAGCAAAUAAAGCAUUUCUUAUUUGAGGCAUUUAUCAUCUUGGGGUUUUUUGGUUGCUGGGAUAGUGAGUGAUCAUGAUCACAAGACAUCCACUUACAAAGCAGGCCUUCACUGAAGAGUAUAGUAUUCUAUAAUGAUGACGAGGAGCUUGUAGUUCAUAAAAUGUCACUUUGAAAACUUGAUCAGCUGACCAAUUCUUUCAAUGAAACUUUCAUGUAAAACUCAAGUAGUAUUUUAUAUUUUAUUUAUUUUUAUAUAAGUAGUAUAGAUGUCUGUUCUUGAAUAUGAAACUCUGUGUGAGAACUAGUUUGAAACCAGCUGAACCAGUUUUACACUGAAAAAUUCUUUUCCAGAGCGAGCUGUUUGUAAACACACCAAAAAGGUGCUUCCAGACAAUUACCUUCUUUGCAAGGUGAGCAGUGUGUAUUACAGUGGAAAGGCGUUAAAAUACACGCUGUACAAAUGUUUAGGGCACAGGUGCAAUUCUUAUACUUCAGUAAUGUACUAAAGAGAAAUCUGGUUUCUGAGACAGUUUUUCUCAGCGAUUCUAAAGCAGGUGUGAGAAACUUUUGGUCCUCUAGAUGUUGCUGAACUACAAUUCCCAUCAGCCCUAGCAAGCAUGGCCAGUAGUCAGGGAUAAUAGGAAUUGUAGUUCAGCAUCAUCUGGAGGGCAUUACAUUGGCUACCACUGCCUUGGAACAAGGCAAUUGCAAAAGAUUAUACAGUUAUUGCAGCAUAAUGUUAGACUUUUCUCAAGUUUGGUCUAGUUUAAUUGGAAAUGAGAAACCAACCUUUUGCAGUGACUCAUUGACCUUGUAGUGUGUAGAGCAGGAGUUGUGAUGUCCACAAACACACAUGUUCCCACAGGGUCCCCCAUCCCCCUUGAUGUUAGACUUGAAAGAAGCGUUUUGUUUAGCAAUGGAAUAGGUUGUGGUGUGUGUUGCCCACAAUAAUUUGCAGAUCUGCCCAUGACUGCAAAAAAGCAGGCAACCCCUUUUUAAGUUCAACAUUUUAUUCUAUUCAAGCAAAUUUAUAAGCAUAGGAUGACUAAUUCUAGAAUACACUUCCUUUCUGCAAACUGCAACUAGACUACGUUAUCAGCACUAAUUUUUGUUUUUGUGUACGUAUCAACCAAAUACAGCUGAACUUAGAUUUAACUAUCUGGGAUGCCCUAGUAUUGUAGCAGAAAUGAAACGAGAUAGGAACUGAAUUUAUAUCUGUCACACAUUUUAGCCAGAGUUUUGCUUCUUUCGUUGACAUGCUUCCUAAUUCAAUCAACUGUUGCAACAACCUAGUCACUUGGCUGUUACUGUCUGACAUCAAAAAGAAGUGUCACACAGGACGCUUUGGAGAAAAAAAAUGUGUAAUUUAACUUUCUUUUAUCUACAGGGUGAAGACCAUGCCCGAAGAUCAUCACUACUUGAUAGUGAUGAGACAAUGUCAUACUACUAUGAUGAUGUGAAGACAGUUUAUGAUGUCUUCCAAAGAGGAAUGCACGUGUCAAGUGAGUAUUCAUGCUUUGGGAAAGCAAACUGGAACAGUGCUCUAGUCACCUGAAAGAAACAGUAGCUGACUGCUUUCAUAGUGCAGUAAAAUAUUGUCUGCUGGAAUAAGGUACCCCUGCCCGUACGGGCCAGUCGUGUCCGACUCUAGGGUUGCGCGCUCAUCUCGCUCAAGAGGCCGGGAGCCAGCGCUGUCCGGAGACACUUCCGGGUCACGUGGCCAGCGUGACGAAGCGGCAUCUGGCGAGCCGGCACCAGCGCCGCACACGGAAACGCCGUUUACCGUCCCGCUAUAAAGCGGUACCUAUUUAUCUACUUGCACUUAGGGGUGCUUUCGAACUGCUAGGUGGGCAGGAAUAGCAAAUAGUAAUCAGAAAAUCAGGAAUAGCAAAUAGUAAUCAGCUAAACUUUCAGAACCUGAUGAUUGAAGUUUAAAGUGAGAACUGUGUAUCAUGAUGGUUGCAAUAUUGACAUUGUGAGUAAUGAAGACUUGCACAUGAAUUUUUAACUUUAGAAUCGUGGUUUUUUGGGGGGGCUAGAGUGAACCAUCUGAUGGUGGAAUGAACUAGAAUCUCCCUUGUGUUUCUUUCUUUUCCUUUUUAGUUGCUAAAAUUCUUAAACCUUUUAAACUUUUAUCACUGUAGACAAUGGCCCUUGUUUGGGUGUAAGGAAACCAAAUCAACCAUAUGAAUGGAUCUCUUACAAGGAGGUAAGUGGACACAACUUUGUGUAUGUUGAUGAGAUUGGUGUUUGAUUCUUUUGAUGCUUACAGCAAUCAAGUUAUUUCCUUUCAGAAAUGUUGGGAUGAGGGAAGUUCACAGCCACAAUUAUUGGGUGCAUACUUAAGUGGCCUAUGUUCUUUAUGUUUAUAUUUAAUACAAAAUUGUUGUUAAAUUUCACUAGUAUCCAGGCUUUAUGUGUUGCACACUUGCCUAAUCUCUAGUUCAACAGACACUUUAAAGUAUCUUUCAAAACUUGAAUUCUAAUCAGUUUUUCCUUUAGUGAACUUCCUUAUAUUUCCUGUCCCUUCCUUUCUCUUUCAAUCCCUGAAAAGCCUGUCUGGAGGGGUCAGAGGCUCCAGACCCUGUGCACAAUGGGGAAAUUACCCAGAAUGGGUGGGAACUUUGGGCGAUAGCAGACAUCUGAUUGGUUUGGGGUUUUUUGAGGGGGAGGACUUUAUUCAAUUAACUUUCUCAAGUCAGCUUAUCUUAGAAUAUAAGCCACCGUGUUUCAUUGUAACUUGGCUAAUAUAUAUCACAAGAGAUAUAUUACGUGUUGGAAAUAUUGAUCCUGUGUGUGAUCCCUAUAAUAUUUCAUAUUCUAAGCUUUUGUAUUCUUAGCUAAACAGACUUAACAGCAUUCCCACCUACGUAUUCAAACUGAGUAUGUCUCAGCUCAUUUAAAAUCUGAUUCUUCUAUGUGGUUUGUGAAUUUAAUGGCCAGGGCAGUUGUGGAAUUAUUCUUAGCUCUGCCUAGGCAUAAUUUUUUAGAGCAGAUACCUGGCUUUUAAAAAACAGGUUUCCAUCCUACUAAUUAGUGGUAUAUAGCUUCCCUUAAGCAUUGGCCAGUACCUGUGUGAAAUGUGUAAAGUGGCUAAGGUUACUGAAGAGGCUGAGCGGGAUAAAAUGGAAAAUUGAACAGUAAACUCCUACAUGCUUUCACAGAAUUGGUAAGUGGUGCACCUUUACACAGACGUGUGUUUUCCCCCAGGUUGCAGAAAGAGCAGAAUGUGUUGGCUCAGCACUUCUGAACAGAGGCUUCAAACCAUCUCCUGAUCAAUUCAUAGGAAUCUUUUCACAGAACAGACCUGAGGUAAUCAAAGGCCAUCAUUAGGCUGAUAACUCUUGUGGAAUAAGGUAGUCCAGUUGUAUAGCUUUGCGCCCCUGGGAAGAUGAGCUUCCAUGAUCCUAAUUUCACCCAACCCUGUACACAGUGCAGCACUAGUACAGAGUGAAUGGUUGGGAGGUUGCCAUCAUCCGUAAAAAUCACAUCUUGCUCACUAGGAAACCAAUUCACCUGGAAGCCAGAAUCAAGGGUUUGGUCUCCCUUUGCAAGGAAGCUGCCCACUCCUCAGCUGAUCAAGCCCCCAUACUGCUCUUCCUUGCAGGAACCAGAGCAGUAUGGAGCUGGGUGAUAUAUCUCGGCUGCUUCUUCCUCCCCUAAGGUGUCUCCCCUAAGGUGGAGAGGAAGAAGCAGACAAGAUACUUUUCAGACACUGUGAUAUAUCAGCAUAUACUGAUAUUUAGCUGCUGAUAUAUCAUGAUGUUGAAAACCAGAUAUUGCCGAGCCUUAAAUUGCAAUAUCAACUCUUACACACCUGGAUAUGCACUUACAAAUUCUGUUGUUAAGAAUGCAUUGAUGUUUCUUAUGUGUGUAAAAGAAAACAAAAAACUUGUACAAAGAGUGUUGUAAUGCAGUGCACCUAUACACUUGCACAAUGUGUAAAAAGAAUUCAUACCAAGCCCUACUAUGCAACCAAGCUCAUACCAGGGUGGAACUAAUUGCUCAUUAGCUAACUUUCAGCAAUCCUUUGUACGUACAUAGCUUUAUAACUGAGAUGUUUUUCAGAGGGAGACUGUUCCUUCAUAUGCACCCUUUAUGGAAAUUUGAAUUGUGAACUGCAGACAAUGCAAGCCUCUAAGACUUGAUACUAACAGACCACAAAACUGAGUCAUAACAACUGUGGUAGCUAAGAUACCGAACGUUUCUUCCAGUUCAAUACUAGUUCAGGGAGUUUGUUUCCUGCAUUGUUUUUGUUGGCAUUUGUUUUUUCCAACAUUAUCUCUUAAUCUAAUGUGCGACUCUUUAGGAAAGGUGUCCCAUUGAACUGAUUGAUCCAGUAAUACAAUACAGCACAUUAUAGAGAAAUAGGUGUGGAAAAUAUCUGGGACUUUGGUUAAGAAAGCAUUAGCAUAUGGCUUAGCUUUAACCAUCGGUUAGCUUGCUUAUUAUAGUAUUACUUGCUUAAAUCAGCUUUAUCCUUUAGGUUCAUGGCAACAUAUAAUGAUGGAAGUGCCCUCCUAUGGCACUUCCUGAUGCACAUUGCAUUAAAAUACUCUUUGUACAAGUGAUUGCUUUUUACAUGCAUAAGGAAUUGUAAUGUGUUCUUCUAAAUGCUUGUAUUGAACAAAUUCAUGUGGCAGGGAACUGGGUUUGAUAGCAACACCUGUAUACAAGAUGAAAGUAGAUACGACUGUUGUGGAGCAAUAGCCCUUCUUUAACCACUCCAUGCCCUUGCAGCUGCCAAAUGUAUGAUGCGAUCUCACCACACUUUUCCAGUACUGUAUUACAAAGAAGAGGAGAGGGAAACUCUUUAUAUCAUUUUCAGCAGCAGACCUAUGUUUACUAUGUCCAGUUCCUCCCACAGGGGCAAUGUGAAGUAACCCUGAGAAACAAGAUGCAGAAGUACAGUGGUACCUCGGGAUACAAACGCUUCGGGUUACAUGUUUUCAGGUUGCGGACCACGGGAAACCCAGAAGUACCGGAAAGGGUACUUCUGGGUUUCACCGCUUGCGCGUGCACAGAAGCGCUAAAUCACGUCACAUGCGUGUGCAGAUGCAGCGCUGCAGGUUACGAAUGCGGUGGGUUGCGGACAUGCCUCCAUCACAGAGUAUGUCCGCAACCCAAGGUUCCACUGUAAUGUUCUUUUUUUCAGUACUCCAGACUUACAAACUAUUUCAACACGAAUAUGUACGUCCAACUCCAAUGAUAUAUUAACAGACUGUUCCAGGACUGUUUGUGUGUGUCAGGGGGUAAUAGUUCUUCCUUAUCUUGGUGCCUGUUCAGACUCUCAGCUUGUGACUGAACUGGUUAUUAGGCACAUGCAGAAUGCAACAAACUGCAUCAGCAAAAGCUGGCUUGUAACUUAUCAUAACAACAAAUCCGUGCCAAACACUCGCAUGCAUGGGCUGGCUAAACAGCACCGAUCACAAGCUGUAAAUAGCUGCGUGAAUGGCAUCUUAGCUUCCAUGACAGUAUUCAUAAAGGAAACUGGAAUUGCAAAAGCAUUGACUUUUCUCCUUACUGCUGCAUACUUCAGUUGAUGGCAGCAGCUUGCUUUGCAAACAAACAAGGCUGACACUGGCAUACUUGAGUCACUGUUUUAAUGCUAGUGUGAAAAUACCUAAACCAGGCCAGCUGGCUGUAGCAUCUGUGCUUGGCAAAUAAGCACUACAUUAACUCUGCUUCUCUUGCAGUGGGUUAUCAUUGAACAAGGAUGCUACUCUUACUCUAUGGUGGCUGUACCCCUCUACGACACCCUUGGAACUGAAGCUAUUACUUACAUUGUAAAUAAAGGUACAUUCUGCAUUCCUCAACAACUGAAUACACUUGUCUGUAAUACAGUCACUAUUAAAAAGUCUACCCACCAUAACCUAAACAUCAUUGAAUGCAACUAAUUUUGCAGCUGUAGAGUUCUUUGCAGAAUUGUUUUUGAAAGCUGCUACAGCAACAGAAUUGCAGUAGGUAAGAUGAAGUAGCCUUUAAUAGCUGAGUAGACACAAGGACUUGCUGACUAUAGGAAGUGAAUCCAUUGAUUCCGACAGUCUGUUUUGGGAUAUAAUGGCUUUGGAGAAGGAGCAGCCUGGAGAGCGUUCUUGGAAUGGCCUACAUACAAUGAGAUCCCUGCAGCAAAAUGAAAGCGCCAAACUUAAGUGUACAAUAUGCAAUUUACUCCCAACCUUGGUGACAUAGUCUUUUGUGCAGAAGUAGACUAGACAGGGUGAGGGUAAGCUGAUUCUAAUUAUUCAAAUUUUAAUAACUUUGCCCCCUUUCUUCCCAAUUUUAGCUGACUUAGCAUUGGUUUUUUGUGAUAAGCCUGAAAAGGCGAAGCUUCUGCUGGAUAACAUCGAGAAAGGAGAAAUAUCUGUCCUCAAGACCAUUGUGAUUAUGGAUCCCUUUGAGAGUGAUCUUGCCACUCGUGGAAAGAAAUGUGGAGUGGAUGUAAUCAGCAUGAAAGAAUUUGAGGUGAGCAAAGUAGUUUAUGGGACAGCCACAAGUUUUGAUGAUACAUCAAAAUCAAGGGAAGAAAGAAGCGAAGUUUAGCAAGUUACAAAAUGCUGAUCUUUGACCAACAGGGUAAAGGAUAAAGGUUGGACUUGUGUUGUGUAAAAGCUUGGAUCUCCUGGCCAGUUUACAAAUUAGUAUUUCACAACAUGGCACUAAACAUUUGCUAAGAUUAAAGAUACACAACCUAGUAUAACUGGUUCAAAGGUUGUGUCAAUUCUGGGAGGGGGAAUCACACUUGAAAAAUGUUAACGAGAACCUGUAGUCCUGAUUUAUAAAGUGUCACUGCAACAAAGAUCAGAGGUCUUGUGCGCAAAUCCAUACUCCAAAUGUACUUUGUGCUUCUGUGAUGUAGUUCUCCAGUAAGCUUUGAAGUCUGACUUUUGAGGAGCCUGAACCUUUAACUGGAUGGCAUGAAAAAAGAUCCAGCUUCAGAAUGUCUAGCGCUGAUGCCUAUGUGCUCCCAGUUAGGAUUAGGCAAGUCAAUUGAGACUCUUAUCACAAGACAAACCUCACUGGAUCAGCCCAAAGGCCCAUAUAGACCAGCUUUUCUGUUCUCACAAUAGCCAGACGGAUGCCUGUGGGAAUCCUGCAAGCAGAAUUUGAGCACAACAGCACUUGCCCCACCUGUGAUGCCCAGGAACUGGUAUUCAAAAGUAUACAGCUCUGACAGUAGUGGUAGAACGUAGCCAUCAUGGCUAGCAACCAUUGAUGGCCUUAUCCACCCUGAAUUUAUGUAAAGCCAUCCAGGUUGGGACAUCAUGGCCUCCUAUGCAGGCAAACUAUUAACUAUUUGCUGUGUGAAGUACUUUCUUUUGUGUGUCCUGAAUCUCCCAACAUUCCGCUUCCUUAAUGUACCUGAGUUCUUGUUUUACAAGGGCAAGAUCCUCCUUUAGGUGACUGGCUUUCUACUGAAGCAUCUACAAUAUUAUUUUGUGUUGAGGCUCAGGAAUGUCCAUUUCUGCCUGAACUUUGCCCUACCUAUUUCAGAAUCCUAUUGCCAAUAGACAGUUACACAUGUUUUGGUUACCAAAGUGUUUAAAAAGUGCUUGCACUUGCAGAAGAAUUCCUGAAUUUGCCAACAACAUGUCCAAAGACUGGGUUGAACUCCCUCUGAAGGAACAGAUACACAGUCUUGGGAUGCUUCUGAAUCCAGCUUUGUCACUAGGGGCCUUGGCCACAGUUAUUCUGGACUGGGAUACCUUGGCUACCAUUAAACUAGGCAUUGGUAACUUCAAGACUGGAUUACUGCAGCAAACUCCAUGUGGGGCUUCCCUUGUAGUUGAUCCAGAAACUUCAGUUAAUGCAGAACGUUGCAGCACAGCUGCUGACAAGAAUGAAAUCUUGUCAAUAUGUUACACCCGUGCUCAAAGAUAUGUGCAAAUUCAAGGUGUUAGUAAAUAAAACCCUCAAUAGCCUGGAAUGAGAUUAUUCAAAGGGUCAACUUGCCCCAUAUGUGCCCACUUGAUCACUUUGAUAUGUGGAACUUGCAUUUUUGCAGAAGCCAUAUAAUGUUCAUUUCACAUCUAUGAGGAAGUCAACCUUUUACUGUGGCGGUACCCAUGCUGUAAAACUUCCUGCCUGGUAACAUCAGGCAGGUGUCUACUGUAUUGUUUUAAGUGCCUUCUCAAAACUUCUGUUUCUUUAUGCCUUUUCAAAUACAUAAUUGCAUUAGGUAUGCUUGCUUUCAAUUUCUGUUGAUCUGUAGUUUUCUAUGCAUAAAAUAUUUAGCUGGUUUAGUGUUUGUUAUUUUUGUUAUUGUAGCUGUUAUUAGAUUGUCUAUAGAUUUUGUUAAAUAAAUAAUUUGGAGUUCAACACUGCUAAAGUAGUAUCACUGAAGCGUUUUCCUGGGGAAAUGAUGACUUUGCUUUUAAUCUGCUUGUUUAUUCAUCACGGAAACCUGUUCUGACUAGGGUGGAAUCUACAUACAUAUAAAAACAGUUCUGAAAAUGCUUUUUUUAAAAGCGUUUUUAAAAAUACACUGAAUUCCAUAACAAUCUCCAUCUAGUGUCACAUUGUGUAUUGCACUUAAAACACACUUAAAACGUUUUAUUUGCAGCUGUAUAGCUGAGUCCUAGCUCUUGCCUCCAGACUAUCACCAGGUUUAUUUGUUUCAUUACUGGUAGAAAUUCACUCAUCAUAGCCAUACCACAUGCAUGUCUUUCGUUUCUGCUCCCCAGCCCAAUGGCAAAUUCAGAAAACUAAAGAGGCCAGAGGCAGCACUGUUAAACUUAAUAUUAAACCAGUUUAAUAAUUUCUGGCUUGUGUCCUGAGGUGAAGUUUAGGGUGUGGAUUUCCAAAUGCUUGAUUACCAGCAUGAGCCUUUCUUCAUUCAGGGAAGGAGCUUUCCUUUACUUAUUUAGUUUUAAGUGACAAAUUUGAAAACCACAACAAGCAGUGUUUCUAGGUUACCUCAUGCAUAUACCAAGGUGGAAUUUACUACUAGUUGCAUGUUGUGCCAGUUCAGAUCUGUCCUGAAUCAACUGCAUGCAAUCAAACAUAAUUUACUGUGCUCCCACUGGAGGUGCUCCAAUUCUAGUUCACCGAGGGAGGGGAAAGGUCAGAACCUGCGGGCAUUUGAUGAGUACAGAGCAUAAGCCUUGCCAGCUUUCCAAAACUUAAUUGAGUUUAAAACCUGUCUAAGUGUAUAACCUAUAAAUGAGGAAAGCUGUCAUUGUUUUAAGUGCUAGGUGAAUAGUUGUGCUUUCCCUUCCAAAUAGCUGAGCCUUGGUUAGAAACCGAUGAAUGAAAAGUAGUUUUCACUGCUGCUCCUGAGAGAGCUUAAAGUAAGAGCUAUGGAAAUCCCAACCUUCAUUAGCUUCCUAACUUGCCAUCUCUUUCUCUCUCUCCUUCCUGUCUUCCUUAAAGGCACUGGGAAGAGUCCACAAACACAAAGCUGUAGUAAGUAUCAUGCAGAUUCUAAUAUAAAAACCUAGUUUACAUUUUUUUAACCUUUCAAACUGUGUGUGUGAUCAGUUGUUCAAGACAGACUGCUAGUCUAAUCUCUUACUCUUCUUCUUAGCUUCCAAAACCAGAAGAUCUAGCCAUAAUCUGUUUCACCAGUGGAACUACAGGUACACCUUAGAAGUAUUGUAAUGGGGAGACAACAUUCGUCGGUUGGGGAAGUGAGAUUAGAAUUUUGAGAUACCUGGAUUGCAGUCUAACAUAGAAAACUGAUUUAAUGCUAUAAAAGCAGAUUCUUUACUAAACUGCUAUGAGCCCUAGUUUUUGAUGGGGCACAGAGACUUCAGUUGUAUGUCUAAGCUGCUGAGAAGGACAGAGGUUUUGGAGGUAGGGGAAAUUAUCCAGCCUUGCCCAUAUCCUGGAUUUCUCUUCACAUUUGGUAGGACAUUUAAGGAAGUAAAAUGGAUUAUGUGUAUUCAUUGUAUAACCUAUCAUUCUUAAGCUCUUGCAUAUGUAUACAAGCGUUUCAGCAGCUUAGUUAGAAACUGGAUGUAUUCACUAUUACAUAUAUUAACACCUUUUUUCCUCUAGGAGACCCCAAGGGAGCAAUGAUUACUCACCAAAAUAUAGUGAGCAAUAUGUCGGCAUUUGUGAAAGCUACAGAGGUAAAGUGUGAUGGUUGAGUUUUUAAAAGCUUAGAGUGUACCUCACUUGGAAUGGAAGCAGCUAGACCUUCCACAAUGUACUAUCCUUUGAGCUUCUGAAACAUGUUAUAACCAAACUGUUGGAGAUAGACAACUGCAUUGCACAAUUAAAACUUUGUUAGCAAUCUUUUUUAAAACAACAACAACAACACAAAGCUGCCCAAUGAUUAUUUAAUACUUGGACACUGUGGCAGUCUCCCCCAGCCUGGCACUUUCCGGAUGUUUUCGAUUCCUACUUGCAACAUGCAUGGCUGGUUGGCAGGGAUUAUGGGAGUUGUAGUCAAACAACACCUGGAGGGGUAGUAGAUGGGAAAGGCUGCUUUGUGAAUUAAUCUUAAUUAUAGUUGGGUUUAGAAUGCACCCUGUCUUGAAGGUUCACUGAAAUUAAUUGUAAGGGGAACCAGAACAUAGGUGUGUCUGCUAAAUUUCUUAAUACUUCAGAUUGCCUUAUGGCACUAAGUGCUGUAGUGCUCAGAACAGUGUUGUAAGAAUUACUGCAAUAAUAUAAGGUGGGUCGGUGCUCCCACAUGAAUAGUGCUCUGAGUGGCUUUCCUAAGGCCACUGACAUUUGAUGGUUGAGAUGGUAUUUGGGCCAGAUGCUAUCUGACAUGAAGCCUAUCUCCAUAACGAAUGUUCCACCAGUUUUCCCCACAUAUUUUAAUUGUAGCUAACGUAACCUAGUGUUAACUCUAUAGCCAAGUGUAUUAUUGCUUCUCUACUUGCCUGAUUCGAAGAGCUCUUGCAUAAAGCACAGUAUCAAAAGAUAUCUGGAUUUUUAAAAAAAUAACAAGUAGGUCAGUCGGUUUAAGAAGGAGGAUCCAAUCGAGGGAUGAUUGGACGACGCACUCAGCCCUUUAUAUCUGAUGUUCCUAUCUAGCUUUUGAUAUGAUAGAACAUCUCACUUAUCCAGUUUUUCUUGUGACCUUGAGGCAAGAAAAAACUUUUCUAAUAUGUUUGUUAUCAAUAACCCAGGAUUAGACGCGAGAACCCUGUUAGCUGUGAAAGCCACACUGGAAAUGAUUGACACAACUUUCGAACCCCAUUUUGCAGCUGAUAGGGCAAUGUGGUAUAAAAAAUAGUCUCCAAAUUAACUUGAUCAGCUAACUUGGGUUUUUGUUUAAUUUGUAGCUUGCAUUCUUUCCAGUUGCUUUGGUGGACAUGUGUACUGGUUCUGUUUUAACUGACAUGGAAUAACAGGCGGGAAUAAGUUGGUGACUUGGAACUUCUCAACAUCAGCAACUUUUAAAAAAUACUGUAAUCAAAAGACCAAACUUUGUUUCAACUCUUUUUAAAAAUUCAAGGUUAACCAUUAAAAAGAUGGACUUUUGGAUAAAUAUGUGUUUGGGUAUCUGUUCUUGCACUAAACAAAUUUAACUCUUACAUUUUCCUCUUUCUUUCUUCUAUUGGUGCUUCCACUGACAGAAAGCAGUUUUUCCUUCUACAGAAGAUAUUUUAAUAUCCUUCUUGCCUCUGGCCCACAUGUUUGAGAGAGUUGUGGAGGUAGGAACCUGUAUUUUCUAUGUAACAAUUAAGUAGUGUCCUCUUUUUGCAGAGUGGCUAUAUAGUGAGUGCCAGAGACACACACAUUUCCUAUUUGCCUCUUGCACAUGUAUUUGAAAGAAUUAUGCAGGUAAGACUCUUUCUUUGUGGGGAAGCAAUUUUUUUGUCAGCCUGUCAACAAGCAAGAAGAGCAUCUAAGCCGGUAUGUUGAAACGGAACAGAAAGGGGGGGGGGGGAAUAAAACUUUUUCUUUUUUUAUUACGAUACUGCCUAACAACCCCCCUCCUAGAAGAACCGUCAAUACAACCUAUAGCAAGUGAGAUGGGAAAAUAAACUGUGUGGAAAUAAAAAUAUCAACUAAAGCCUUUCUUUUUUGAAAUAUCUGGAAAGAAAAUAAAAGGCUCUCCUGUGACGCAGUUUUUAAUCGGGAUGCGCCAUUAUGAGACAGGCUAUGCUGCAGAGAUUGAUAGCCACAACCCUCGGGGGGGGGGGGAGUUUGAGAAGCACCACACUGUUCUGUGUAUUUUAAGUGAGAUUGUCUCAUCCUCUGUCUCUAAUGCUUUCUGAAUGCCUUCAGUGCAUUCCAAAAGUUGAAACAUACAGCUCUACUGUAGACCAGUGAAAAAACGUUGGUGUGCCUGCUGAUCUCUUUAGCCAUAUGUCUCCAGGCUAAUUCGUCAAGCAAGAUGUGUAAUUCCUACAGCAUUUACCCAGCAAGAAAUUCAGCGAACUUGCUGACUGAGUUAAGGAUGAGAUUUACCAAUCUUGGUGUUAGAUUGUGAGGCAGGAAACACAGUAUGAACCAGACUAGUCAAAAAUUUGCAUGCUCAUUGGUAUUGGGGUGCAGAACAUAUUGAGGACCGUAACUUUUGUUUUAGUUGGGUGUGUGAGGCAAAAAUGAUAGAAAUAAGUUUCUUAGACAGCACUGUUUUUCUUGGUAAAGAUACUUGGUCAGAGUCUAGCUAUGGCUAAGCAGUUAAACUUGUGAUAUGCCAGAAGAGUGCAAAGAAUGCUUUAAACUACACUUAGAAAAUAUGCAGAAUGUCCCUAAUUUUUAACUUGGGCAAAUCUACUUGUCCAGCCAGGUGGGUUUGGUUUUAAUAAUAUAUAUGGUCUCAUUCAACAGUGCGUGAUUCUCUGUCAUGGAGCUCGGAUAGGAUUUUUCCAGGGAGACAUCAGGCUACUUAUGGAUGACUUAAAAACUUUGCAGCCUACAGUGUUUCCAGUUGUGCCAAGACUGCUGAACAGAAUGUUUGAUAAAGUAAGUCCACGAGCAAUCGAAUCCAGUCCGUGCUUUCCUUCUCACUCCCCUUACAAGUUCAGAAGAGCACACUUUGCAGCUUAGUGAACCUGCCCGUAGCCAUCAGGGCGGACAUCGCAAGCAAAGUUGCCUCUAGGAUUUGCUCGGUGAACCGGUAUCAAUAAGCCAGUAAAUGACCCGUGCAAUUUUUUGCUGCAAACAUAAUAAAAAAUGGUCUCUCUUCUCAGAUCUUUGGCCAAGCAAAUACUUCAUUUAAGCGGUGGAUAUUGGAUUUUGCUUCCAAGAGGAAAGAAGCAGAACUUAGAAGUGGCAUAAUUAGAAAUAACAGCCUGUGGGAUAAAAUGAUUUUCCGUAAAAUACAGGUAACUAUACCCCUGCAUUUUAAAAAAUGAAAAUAGUGUGCUCACUGGAGGGGGGCAGAAGCAAUUGGGUUACAAGUACACCCUGCAUGGCAGAAACAUCCACUUUCAAGAGGAUGGCUUCAAACAAUCCCAAUAAAGAGCCUUCCUCUUUUCCUGGCAUAGAAUUGCCAAAUGGGGCCCACUUACACAUUAAUUUAUUAUGCAGUCAUCCUGCCCUCAGCUCCUUUGGAAGGAAGGGCAGGAUAUACUUCUAAUAAAUGAAUUAAAUAAAUGAAAAUUGCCUUCUACUGUACAUGCUUGGUUUUAGAAUGGCCACUGAUCUUCAUUGCUGUGUCGUGGAACAAUUCCAAAUGGUGAAUUAACAAGGCAGCCAGUGGUACAGUGAAUACUGUUCUAAGGAAUAAUCUCUUUAUUCACUUAACUCACAUGUACAUAGAAACCAUCAAUGGGAUUUGCACAUUUGAGCCACAUUGAGAUGUAUAUCCAAGUGCCACUCACCAUAGCUUUUUCCUGGAUGCUACUGUUGGAAUGAAAAUAAUUGUGGACACUUCUCCCCCCCUCUCUUUUCAGGCAAAUCUGGGAGGAAAAGUCAGGCUAAUGAUAACAGGAGCAGCUCCUGUUUCUGCCAAUGUACUGACCUUCCUACGAGCAGCUCUUGGUUGUCAGGUGAGUUUGGACUGUGACUGAACUGUAAAUCUGCUCUACUUGUUAUUUCGUAAGUUUCCUUAAAGCAUUUUAUUUUAUUUUUUGUCAAGAGUAUAAACGCCAUACUUUCCUCAUAGUGUUAAAGUAUAACCAAAAAGAGUAGAAUCUGAGUAGGAGAGAAGCUGAUGUGCAAGUUGUCUCACUCUAAGGAUGUAUUUGGGGAGUGGGAUCACUUCUAGUAACAUGUCAUUAGAUGCCCCACUAACAAAAACUAGCUCUCUUUUUGAUAGCACGGUAUUUCCAUGAAGUGGAUAGUAGUCCAUGAAAACGUACGCCAUAAUAAAUUGGUUUGUCGUAAGGUGACACAAGGCCACUUGUUGAUUUUGCUGCAACAGACUUACAUGCCUGUCCUUCUGAAAGCAUUAUGCCCAUGAGUGGAAAUCUCCCAUUCCCAAUGCACACUUAAAAGAGAGAGAUGUGCUUCCACAAUUCAGUGUGUUUGGCCUUUAGGUAUAAUGUUAGGCCAGGGGCUGGAUGCUAAUGUUUAUUAUUAAAACUGCAAGAAUGUAUUUCAGAAAACGCUCCAAAUUGAAAGCAGAUGGGAUUUUGUUCAAAUGUUCUAACAAAAGCUAUGAGACUUGUGAUUACUCACUAAAGACAGUUCUGUAGGAAUGAUUGUAUAUGUUGGAAUUCUUACUGAAAAUAUUUGUAGUGCAGGAGGGUAGAGAGACCAUGGAUGGCUUAGCAAAAAUGAAUCCUACAUUCAUACAGGGUUUUUGUAAAAGCUUAGCCUGCAUAUUGCCUACAGUUCUGUUUUUUUGUGUUAAAGGAACAACAGAAUAGGAGAGGGGCUAUAAAAGCUCCAAUGGCUAAUUUCUAUACUCUGUUUAACAGUUUUAUGAAGGCUAUGGACAGACAGAAUGCACAGCUGGAUGCUCCCUAACAGUACCUGGUGACUGGACCGCUGGUAGGGCUUCUGUGUUCUUUCUUGAAACGUUGUUAAAAAGAUGGCAUGGUAACUCAAGCAUGAAGUGAGCCUUCCAAAGAAGUUUAUGGACUGUUAGUGCAAGGAAAGGAAAAUUGUAUUGCUUCCAGUAGUGGUCCACAUACCUGGUGUUCUGGAAAUAAAGGGAGUCUUGCUGUUCUGCUCUGUGCAAUCCCACAGAGGGUGGAGCUUUUCAAUUUGCAUUUCAUUUCCAUAUUAGACUGGAAUUGAUAGUAUAUUCCAUAUAUCUGGUGGAGAUUGGCUGUGGAAGUUCAUGAUAGCAGAACCAGCUAUCUUCAUAUUACACUGUUCCUUGCUUGACUACAUUGGCUGCCAAUUAGUUUCCAGGCCCAGUUCAAAGUAUUGUUUUUGACGUAUAAAGCCUUAAAUGGCUCAGGACCACAAUACCUCAAGGACCACAUCUCUCCAUAUGAACCUAACCCAGGCUUCCUCACCCUGGCCCUCCAGAUGUUUUUGGCCUACAACUCCCAUGAUCCCUAGCUAGCAGGACCAGUGGUCAGGGAUGAUGGGAAUUGUAGUCUCAAAACAUCUGGAGGGCCAAGGCUGAGGAAGCCUGAUCUACCCAGACCCUGAGAUCAUCCUCUGAGGUCCUUCUUCGUAUGCCGCCUCCUUGAGAGGUCCUGAGGGUAGCAAUGCGAGAAAAGGCCUUUUCUGCAGUGACUCCCUGUUAGUGGAAUGCUCUCCCCGAGGAGGUUCGGCUGGUGCCUUCAUGAUACACUUUUAGGCCCCAGACCUUUGGCUGAUUAACAUCCUAUUCCUUUUUAAAUGUGUUUGUGGGAAGGGGAGAGGUUUUAUUUAUUUGUUGUUUUUGUCCUUGUUUUCCAAUGUAUUUUGUGGUUUUUAAAUCUUAUAUAUUUAUGUUUUUAACCACUCUGAGAUCUACGGAUGAAGUGCAGUAUACUAAUUUAAUAAACAAAAUAAAAAUAAAAAUUACGCACUAAGUGCCAGCUUGCCUGGCUGCACUUGAACUCAAGUCGGGUUCCCACUGGUUAUUUUGAUAAGACCAGACGAACACAGUAGCUAAUCACAGAUCUAGCUACUUUAAUGAAAGUAAGCCUUGGAUGCAAAUGCAUACAUGGAAAGCCCUGUGUAACGCAAUUAAGGCAUUGUGGUAACAAAGCACUGGGCAUUACAUACAGAUACAGCAAUGCCAUCACUGAAGCAAUACCAUACACUGCAGUUUCCAGUGUAUCAUUUAAGUCACAUGGAUCUCUCUCUAUAGUCAAUGACCAUGAGCAAAUUUGGUAUGUAUGAGUUGACUCUAGAAGAGUUUGUUUUGAUCAAUGUGAUGGCUGGGAGCCUUAAUACAACUUUAAAAAGUUGAGGUCAAAGUACCCUUUGAAACAUUCAAAACUCAGGCUUGGGACCAUGAGAAAACAAUAAAGACUGCAGUCUGAAUGACACCACUUCUGCUUAUGUAGAGCUACAGUUAUAAAGUGAGUACUAUUGCCACAUGCUUAAAGACAUUAUUUAUCCAACAAAUAGGUCACGUUGGUGCCCCAAUGCCUUGCAACAUUGUAAAGCUUGUUGACGUUGAAGAAAUGAAUUAUUUUGCUGCCAAAGGAGAGGGUGAGGUAAGUAGCACUCUAAAUCCAAGGAAUGGACCUAUGCCAGGAGUCCUCCAUCUCAAAUUGUACCCAUUGUUUAAAAAUAAAUACUAUCUAUAUCCAAAGAAACCAUAAAAAACCUCAUUCAGUUUAAUGACCUCGGAUUGUGAUCUCGAUCAACACAGUUUGUCAUACAGAGACAAAUGCUCUGGUAAUGUCACUAAAGCAUGAGAUUAGAGAGAAUCGCUCUUGAGUGAGAUGCACUGGCUACAGAAAAUGAGCUUUAUUCCCACUCCAUCCUAACACUGAAACACUUAAUAGGAGAAACCUGUCCUGCAGAUUUUUUUACAGAGUGUGUGUUCCAUUCUAUUUCAGGUUUGCGUAAAAGGGCCAAAUGUGUUCCUAGGCUAUCUGAAGGAACCUGAAAAGACUGCAGAAGUUCUUGACAAAGAUGGCUGGGUACACACCGGAGAUAUCGGGAAAUGGUUACCAGUAAGUAAACCUGUGAAUCGAUCAUUUUGAGACAUAAGAACAAAUAUCAAGAUGGCUUGCCAUUGCUUUAAUUCCACAGAUAGAGAUGUCCAGACUUUCCAUUGCCCUACAUAUCUUGCCUCUUUGCAUUCUCUUUUUGAACUUCACAAACAUGUUUUAUCCUCCUUUAAGAGUGUUUCAGGUUAGAAUCGGAAAGAAAGGUACCAGAGGGCUGCUUCAGUCCUUUAAUCAGAAACCAAUUAAAAUGCAAAAAUUAAUGCAAGUUAGUAAGAAUGAUGGAUUGCUAAUCCUACUCAGAGUAGACCCAUUGAAGUUAAUGGACACAACUAAUGUAGUCCAUUGAUGCUUUUGAAUUGAUGCUUUUCAAUUAUGGUGCUGGAGGAGACUCUUGAGAGUCCCAUGGACUGCAAGAAAAUCAAACCUCUCCAUUCUUAAGGAAAUCAGCCCUGAGUGCUCACUGGAAGGACAGAUCCUGAAGGUGAGACUCCAAUACUUUGGCCACCUCGUGAGAAGAGAAGACUCCCUGGAAAAGACCCUGAUGUUGGGAAAGAUGGAGGGCACAAGGAGAAGGGGAAGACAGAGGACGAGAUGGUUGGACAGUGUUCUUGAAGCUACCAGCAUGAGUUUGACCAAACUGCGGGAGGCAGUGGAAGACAGGAGUGCCUGGCGUGCUCUGGUCCAUGGGGUCACGAAGAGUCAGACACGACUAAACGACUAAACAACAACACAAUGUAGUCCAUUGAUUUUUAUGGGUCUGCUCCAAGUAGGACUUAGUGGAAAACAACCCAAUGUUCUCUUAAGCUUCACUCACAAAACAAAGUCUGUGUGAUUUGAUGCAGCAUCAUACUUCUAAGCCUUUAGAAGUAACUUAAGCAUGUCCUUGUCUGCAUGUGUAGAUCAAAUUGCCUGUUGUACAAGUGUCAUCAAGAUGGCAAGCCAAAGCACUGAAUAAUAUGAAGUUAAUUACAAAAAACAACAACCCAAGUUAAUGACAGAAACAGCAUUCAGACUGGAGUAGUGACUACUUGGUUUAAUCCUACAAGGGAUGGAAAAGAGGGAAAUAGUAAAAUAAAGGGAACAGCAACAGAUGCCAGAAAUGUGAAGCUUCUAAUUAGACAAGAGGAAUCUGAGAAUAAACAACACUGGUGACAGCAAUGCACAUUCUAGAGACUAUGUCCCUUUUUUAAUACUGAACUAGUUUCAUUCUGACUUGAACGCAGACCGUUUCUUCCAGCUACUAUAAUUAACUUAAGGGUCAGUCAACACCACCAUCAGGAUUGUGAUGUAGAAGCUGGCCUUUCAGUGGAGUUAAGACAAUGCAAAUUUCAUAUUACCACAAUUACUACAUUUCUUUAUGUUGGCAUGCCAUCUGCAGCUGUUAGACAACUAGUAGAAAGGCCCAGCUGUGGAUCGAUAUAUCAACAACAUGAGGAAUGGAUGAAUGUGUCCAUGGAUUUAGCAGUGCAACCCUCUGAUUACCUGCGACCUGUGGGGGCAGGAAGAGGUGGAUCAGUCAAAGCAACUGCACCUCCAGGAGGUCCCAACUGCUACAGUGGAUAAACUGCAGCAAAUUGUUGUAAUAGAGUGUGCUGCCACCAGAACACAGCUGCACAGUAUACCUGAAAGGGUUCAAACUGCAAAGCUAAGUUGCAUAGUAUCUCUCCUGGGAUACCAACCUUAAUACAUAGAAUGCCAGGCAUUUCAGACUCUUCCCCAAGACAGAUGAUUAAGCAGCCCAGAACAUUUAGUACCCAGGCAACAAAUGGAGGAGGGCGACAAUAUACCACUGUAGCAGCUGAGGCCUCUUUACCAGGAGAACCCAGGAAUGCGUUCUAAAUAGUCUGAGGCAUUCAUCCCAUCACCGUUGACAAAGUUGGGACAGUGUAUUAUGCAAUGAAUGUAAACGAAUGAAUCUUUGAUUGAUUUAUUUGACGCUUGUAACAUGCUCAUAACUGAUACAUUAGAACUGUUUGUUCUAAUGUAGGCAUAAAUCAGAGAGGGAGUGAGAGAGAGAGAGAGAGAGAUCUAGUUGUUCCAGAUGAUUCAAAGAUAAUGAGCAAGGUCAAAUGCUACUGUGAACUAUUCCUUCUAUUGAGUCUUCUGCUAGCACUUGUGUUAUUGUUCAUGGAGCAAUGUGGUCCUGAAUUCAUUACGUGAACAGUUUUUAGGAGUAAGCUAACUAUUAUUAUUGUGUUACAGAAUGGUACACUGAAGAUAAUUGACAGGAAAAAACAUAUAUUCAAACUUGCACAAGGAGAAUAUAUUGCACCAGAAAAAAUAGAGAAUGUUUAUAUGAGGAGUGAGCCUGUUGCCCAGAUAUUUGUCUAUGGUGAAAGUUUGCAGGUAUGUUUACCUUAAAUGUCUAUUAGAAAUAGCCUUCUAAAUGGAGCAUGUAAGCAUAAUUUUUUUAGUUGUUAGUGGAUUUUAUUUACAAUUAGAUAAAAUGCUUACUUCUGGACAGGUUAGACUAGCAAAGAGCUGUUUGUAAAAUAUAAAAAGUGAUAUUGCUUAUUUGGGAAAAGCCUAUUUUUAAAAAGAUAUUUAUUUCUGUGGUAGUACUAAUGUGUACAUUUAGGCUACCUGAUACAAGCCAGGCUUGAUGAAUGUCUAAUCUAUGCCGGGAAACAUUCUUCCAUAAAUGUUGAGUCUUAAAUGUGAAGUCCUUAGAAUUUUAGGGCAGAUUUAUUUAAAUAUUUACAUCCCAUUUUCAAACCUGCAAUGAGACCUUUAAGAAGGGCAACCUAAUUUGAGACCAUCAUAAUGAGCUAAAAAUGAUGACCCAAACCUAAUAACUCAGCACCAAGAUUUAAACCUGCUGGAAUAAAAAUAUUAUGUUUUGUCAUUGAAAGGCCAUUCAAAUCUCUUCAUAGUGUCUUCUCCUACCUGCAGUGAUGCAACAAACCCCUCAAUAGCAUUGACAAUAGCAUAGUUUGCUACCUGACUGUACUUUGCGGGGUGGGGUGGGGGGUUCUCAGAGAAACUUCUAAAAUGAAUUGUCAGUGGGCAGCUUCUAACAUGCUCCCUUACUUCUACUUAGGCUUUCCUAAUAGGAAUUGUAGUACCAGAUCCAGAUGUUUUGUGUAGCUGGGCCAAGAAAAAAGGAGUGGGAGGCACCUAUGAAGAACUAUGCAGGAGCAAGGUAAGGGAUUGGAUCUGUGAUUUAGAGAAGUCUAUUCUUCCCACCCUUUUCAUAAGCUUCAUCCAGGCAUCCAUUCUGCUCCUGAGACCACAGCGUGGCAGGUGAACGGGGGUUACACCUGCUAGCCUCAUCACAAUGUCUACACAUCAUCGCAGUCUGCUUUUGUGCUCUGGCUAGCAUUGCCUAGAGGGUUGACUAGGAGUCAAUGUGGCCCUCAGUCCACAAAAGCUUAACCACCUCUGGUCUAAAGGAUGUGGUGACUCUACUCAUAUGUUUCCCUCAAGCAACUGAGAGUCCUGGAUUACUGAAACAUUCAGUCUCAUGGGGGAGCCUAUGCAUGUACAGCUAGCUCCUCCCUUUUAGAUCUUCAAUGAACACAUGCAGGUGAGGGGUGGAUAAAGGUAGAUAAAUAUCCACAAUAAAACGUGCACUUUUGAUAGGUGGUCCACAAAUAGUUCAGAAAUACUUUCUUUCAGUAUUGCUCUAUAACUCUUAUUAUUCUGAAUCCGAAUAGGACAUCAAAAAAUAUAUUCUGGAAGACCUGUUGAAAGUUGGGAAAGAGUUUGGCUUGAAGUCUUUUGAACAGGUGAGUAUCUCUUUGAAGUUUCAACUAUAAUAUUUGUACUUUGAUUUCAAAUUAAACUGCUUUAUUUGCAUAGCUGGUUCAUUAUUGAAUCAAAGCUCUAAUUUUAGAACAGACCUGAAUCUGUGGGGCUGAUUUUUGAGAAUACAUCUUAAUUUCAUCCCACUUUCACUGCAAUAGGGAAUAGAAUAGAGGUGCCUUUCUCUUUCCCUUUUGAGUGUCAGUUAUGUAAUUUUAUCAGGAAAUAAAUGACAAAAUAAACCUAAUGCUGCAAGCAAGUAAUGAAAGCAGUUUUAAGAUAAAAAGUUUAAAAUAUAAAUUGACAAAAUGUAACCAAUAGAAUAUGCCUAGCACUGUGUUUGUGUGUGUAUCAAUAAUAAACCAAAUGCUGUAAUGUACAAAUAGUAAUAAAUUCAAAGAAAAUGCUAUAAUAACUGGAUGUGUUUCAACCCAAGUGAUCAUCUUCAGUGGUACCACAAAAUAUUACAAAAAUUUCAGCCUCAUCAACCAGCAUGCUUGUGAACAAUAUAAAAUAAUCUGCUAGGCGUAUUUUAUUGGUUUAUUUUUUAUUUUCUAACUUUUCCUUUAGUUUUCAUUGUUAAAUCCUACUUUGCAGAGUUAUACUGCUGAGUAUUCCUAACAUAAAUCACUUAGAACAAACUGUUCUGAACAUUAUCUCAUAUAUUCCAAAAUGCCAAUUUUGCUGUUAAUACUAGUUAAUGAAAAAAGAAUGCAAAAUCUGACUUCCUGUCUUAUCUUUCCAGGUCAAAGGCAUUACCCUUCACCCUGAAAUGUUCUCUGUCGAGAAUGGCCUGCUAACGCCAACAUUAAAGGCAAAGAGACCAGAGCUACGCAAAUACUUCAAGUCCCAGAUAGAAGAACUCUAUGCCAAUAUACAGAUGUAA